AAUAAAACCAAUAUGGCCGACGAAGUUGAUUUGGAAAAAUUUAUUAUAAAAAAGGUAAAUUGUUUCUGAUACAGCUGAUUAUUAUUAUUAUUAUUAUUCCAUUUCAUGGCCUGUGAUAUUCACUUAAAUGCAUAUUUUUUUCAGGCUCCACCGAAAGCGUUCUACAUUCCCGAUUUCAUUUCAGUCGAAGAAGAAAGUUAUCUCCUAGAUCACGUAUGUAAGCUCAAUCUCUGAGGUCAUUUGUUUUCGUUUGUUUGUUUGUUUGUUUAGAUUGUUUGCUUUUUGUUUUUGCUUUUUUUAAUUGACUGAAUUGGGGAACCAUUCAUAGUUAGACGUAAUCAGGCCCAUGAUUCACUAGAAAUGAUAAUAAAAAUGCAGGGUUUGAGCGAGGAUUUGACUACUUUGGGUCAAUUUUUGAGGCACAUUUUUCAUUUCAGAGGGUCGUUAAACCAUAGAGAAAAUUUCAAAGUGAACUGUAAUUGUAGACAUAUAAUGACAUAGCGAUAGCAACAAGUUACAACCAGCAGCUGAUCAUGACCACUAAAUAUAAGAAAGUGACUAUUUGCAAAAGAGCAAGACCAACAAAUUUGUUAUGCCAUUAUCAAUUUAUAAUAUUUGCUCUUGUUGCAACAUUUCUUUGCAGAUCACCAAGUAGUAACUGUUAACAAUUCAGUUUUGAUCAUUAUAUAUUUAGUUGUUGACAUGCUUCAAGCAAAAAUUCCAGUGGAAACUUUGAUAAUUUGGCCGCAAUUUUCCACAUUUUGCAGGCUUUGUUUUGAACAAUUUGUGCUCUGCUUGAGAACAAUUCACUGUGCUGAAAAUUUUCUAAUUUUUUCAGGUCUUUUUCUAAACGCUGGAGGGGACAAAAUGACCCCUCAGUCAUUUUCACACCCAUCUUCGGAAACCCAGUGGCAGAUAGUGGGGGCGAGGGAAAGUCUAAACGGCAGAAAAAUAUGGCACGAAGAAAAGUAAAGAACAGCAAGAAGAGCCCCUGGGGACAAUGUCUUACCAGACCAGUUCCAAAUGGUCGCCGCCAUUCUGCCCUCUGAUUGGGCAGAAAAACACAAAAGUUUUCUGGCACCAAUCAGAAGUCAGAAUGGCGGCGACCGUUUGGAACUGGUCUGGUAAGACAUUGUCCCCAGGGGCUCUUCUCGCCGUUUCUUUACCUUUCUUCGUGCCAUAUUUUUCUGCUGUUUAGACUUUCCCUCGUCCCCACUAUCUGCCCCUGGGUCUCCGAGGAUGUUUCAAACCCUGAAAAUGUAUUUAAAUAAGCUUGAUUAACAAUUAUUGAAUGAAUAUAACAGCCUCGGCAGAUAACACCCUCUGAGAUCUCCAUAAUUCUUCAGAUGAUAUGAAAGCCGAAUUCAAUAAUUCUUUUAUUAUUCAUUCAAAAUAAUCCCUAGGUUAAAAACAAGCUAAAACAUCCUUGCCAUCAUCGAUGUUAUAAAGUUCAUCUUCAGUAGUGCAUGGUUAUCGGCAAGUUGAUAGCUCAGUCAAUGGCAAGCAUGUCCAUCCCCCCCCCCCUUCCGAGGCAUUUUUCAGGUCCUGAUGCGACGGGGAAUUUGUCAGAAAACCUCUGCCCAGGGGUGGGGCAUUUGUCAAUUCUUCUGGAAGUGGUUAAAGGGACACAUGCAGUCAGCUCAUGUGCACAUGUGCAUUUCAUACCAUUUCUUAGCUGGUUUGGCUGAUAUGCAUGUCACAAGACAAGCACAUGAAACAGGUGGUGAGAAGCGCAUCUGGAAUAUCUAAACAAACCUCGUGGAGUUGAACUAUAGUUACAAGCCGAAAUCGUGCUUAUAGACCCUAAGCAAUAGCACAGCACUCAUUUUUUAUAUACUAUCGAGAAUUCACCAUUUGAUUUGUCCAGGGAAAGCCACUAACAUUGACAAAUACUUCUGAAUUGUGUCACCAGUGGAGGUGAGAAAUAACACAUUCUUUCCUUUUCAUUUGUGUGUCAUUACCGCAAACAACUGCUAAAUUAAACUUUUUGCAAAUCCCGUGGGAAGAACUGUCUCAACAUCCUUUUGCUCCAGUAAACCCAAAACAGCCUGGCGCUCCUCUUCUUUUUCUUUGCUUGAAAAUUGUGCCAAACAGUCAUCAUAGUCUACACUCCGAUACAAAAGAUAAUUAUGAUCAACAUGGUCAAUGCAACACAAGCUUGUAGUGUGACUCCAUCCUAAGUUCACAAGUCAGCGGCACUUUCAAUGUGAAUUACAAUAGAAAGUGUCGCGGUUAGCGCUUCUGGACAAUGACAAAUCCUCAAUCUGCUCACAUGAUGCAAGCGUGAUGAGUCAUUGACAUGAUGAUGACAGGAAAAUCACCAUUCAGCCAAUGGUAAUUUGCUUUUCCUGGGAAAAGCAAGUUUCAGUUGCUCCCAAAGAUGUACCUACAGACCGUCUAUUUUCUUCUUCCCCCACAACUACCCCUUGUACUGUGCUGGUGGUCAAUAAAUCUCCUGCAGUUUAUAUUUUAUCACUCGCGGUCGACGGACUUUGGAGAGAAAAUAGAGGGUCUGUGAAUUGCUCAACAGGCUAAUAUUUUUAAUAAUUAUGCUUUUAAGAGAUAUGUGUGGUUUUCACUCCAUCACUUUGCCCUAUGACUAUCCCACAGAAUUUUUUGCAUCUGUCUAAGAAAUUGCUGGUGAUUGGUGAUUAUAACUGGUGGCUGAGCAAUUUGCAUAGGGUGCUUUAUGUAUUUUGAUCAGAUUAUUACUGACAGACGGAUAUCACAUGAAUAUGGUAUUUGCAGCUAAUUUACUGGAAAACCAAUUUUGGUGUUGUCCCAGGGUGGGGCAUUUGCACCCUAUUUUUGAGCCCCACCGCGGGGUUUUUGUAUGAAUGCCUGGCCCAAGAACGUGUGACAUGAAGAAUCCUCAGCUUUUGUCUAGACUGCAUCUUGCCUGGGAAUUGUUGCCUUUUUAUAUACAAGAUUAAUUAAAAUGUGACAAAAAUUUGUUUUAAAGACUAAUAUAUCAUUAAAAAAAUUAAUGAUAAAUGGCUUAGCAUGUGCUAUAGUAAGUUAUAUAAUACUGUGUGGUAUAAUUUCUAUUUAUGUUGGUAAUUAAUCACUGGUUAAUAACUUUUUUCUUUGUCAAAAUUAGGUUUAUGGAGCUCCUAAGCCAAAGUGGACAAAACUUUCAGGAAGGCGACUUCAAAAUUGGGGUAAGUUGCAAACAAACAGAAAAGUUACUAUAAUUUUACAAGGAACAUAUCAAAAUACUGUAAACUGAUACUUGUAAUCCGUGGGCUUAUACAUCUUUGUAAGGGGGUUUAGGAGGGCUUAUGAACUAAGGGGUUUAUAACUGGAAAUAAAAAAAAUGGCAUUGAAACAAGCUAUAGCAGUGUGCAUUUUGCAUAAUUUACUAGUUUUUAAUAAAGCUGCAUAAUGUCAUAAUAAAUUAAAAAAUUCAUAUGAUUAAAUAAUACAUCUGAUUAUAAAAAAGCCUCCCCCCACCCCCCCCAUAUAAGCCGCCCUAAAGCUUGUAUUUUUUAAAUAAAUCAAAAUUCAUUUUUAAUUAAUACAAGCUGUAGGGGGGCUUAUAUCGGGGGGCUUUUUUUAAUCGGAAAGUUUUUUUUGUUUGCUGGUAGGUAGAUGGGCCUAUAACUGGAAGGGCUUAUAGGACAGUGGUGGCUUAUAAGGGGCUGUUUACGCUAUGCAACUCAGAUCAGUAGUGUUGCUAAUUUUUAGUUUUGUGAAACACUUCAAUGUAUGAAUUGAGUCUGAUGUCAUUGUUCUUCAAUUUUAUCUUAUUUAGGUGGCUUACCACAUCCCAAGGUAAACUUUUUUAACAUUUUAAAAGAAAGUACUAAACUAAAAGUAAUUAUUUCCUGAUUUGUAGAAACGUGGGGGUCAACUUAAAACAACAUAAUUUGUAUUGGAAAGGGGUGCCAAUAUUUUCGGGGAUAACACAGUUGUACUGUUAACACAAAUUGACCAUUUCCAUAAAUUAACAAUUAAGUCAUAUAAUUUUAUUCUUUUUCCUCUUAGGGAAUGGUUCUUGAAAAACUUCCACCAGUAAGUAAUAAUAAUUAUAACAUGUUUGUCUAAAUUUCUUAGUAUGAGAUGAUUUGGAUGAUUUACCCCAAUUUCAAUCCUAACAGUAGGCAUUAGGCAAAAACUUUCGCGAUAAAUUCAAAUCUUCUUUUGUAAAAAUCCUAAAAAAUGAAUAGUAUUAGGCGAAAGUUAUGUCAAAGGUGAUUCGUUUAAGAAAUUGUAUCAUAGGAUUUUGUCUACCAAUUAAAAGUUAGAGUGAUAGAUCAUUGUACUAUAAUUAAAUAAAUUGGACUAGGAGGAGAAGCAGUGUGCAAAGAAAGUAAUGUUGGAUAGCCCGGGGCUAGUGGAUUUUGCUAAUAUUCAGGGCUAGUGAAUUCUUUUGUUAACUUGCCCGAAGGGCAAGUGAUGUUUUUUGAGCAAUUCGAAUAACAGAAGAACUAUAAAAUCAAUUCUGCUCGUCAAAAAGUGUCUGGGGCUAGUUGAAAUGACAUCAGAGCUAGUAAAUGCUAGCUUCAGCUUGCCCGAAUGGCAAGCUGUAAAAAUGAUUUUCUUUGCACCCUGAGAAGGGCAAAAAUCAUGACAUAAAAUCUUUUGUUUUUCAGUGGCUACAGAAAUACUCUGCCAAGGUUGGGGCUCUUUCAGUAUUCAGCGAUGUUGCUCCAAAUCAUGUAUUAGUAAAUGAGUAUGAACCAGGUCAAGGAAUAAUGGUGAGAAGAAACACUUCUGUUGAAAAAAGUGUAUAUGUGUGCUUUUUUAAAAUCUUCACCUCCCCAUGGGCAAGGGUUUUAUGGAAUUUACCUGUCAUCUGUGCCGGUUUUUCAUUAGCCUGAGUAGCAUGGCAGUUUUUUGUGCAACCUACCGAGCGGGGAAGCCUCAAAAGUGCGCGCGAACGAGCGGCGGCCCCAGUCUUCACUGCCCCCAGCUUGCCUUGUUUGCGCGCCCAGCCAAAACCGCCAUGCUAAGCAGGCUAGUUUUUCAUCCUAAAUUAUGCACUCCAACACAAAAUAUUACAUUAAAACAACAACAACAAAAAAGAAACCUUAUUGCACUUCAACUGGGUUGACCCUUUGCGAUACAAUUACAGAGGGUUCAUUUUGUCAGUCACAACAUUAGUUUUCUUUCAUAGAAACAGUAGCAGAACUGCAUUAUAGACGACUCUCUCUUAACGGACACCUCUAUAAGACGGACACCUCUGUAAAACGGACACCUAGAGUUGGUCCCUGCCUUUACUUACUCCCUUUAUUUGACUCUUUAUAAGACGGACAUCUCUCUGAGAUGGACACUUCGUGCCGGUCCCAAAGGGGUCCGUCUUGAAGAGAGUUGACUGUACAUCUAUCCUGUACAACUGACUCUGGGAUUAUGAAAAAAUAAGCACUGCGGUCCUGGUAUAAUUAAAACCAAGAGAAUUGAAUUCUGUCAGUCUAAUAUAGAAAAAUUAUAAUACCGUAGUUUGUACAAUUCUUUGAAUAAGUGCCAUAUUUGAGGCGUGAAAAAUCUAAUAAGCGCCGCGGCGCUUCUUUGAGUAAAUACUGCAAUCCUUCAGAUCCUUUGUCAUUUUCAGCCUCAUACAGAUGGACCAUUAUUUUAUCCAGUGGUUUCCACGAUUAAUCUUGGUUCUCACACCUUUCUGGACUUCUACCAUCCUUUAACCAAGACAGGUCAUGACUCCAAGGUAAGAGUUUCUUUUUUAAUAACUUGGGAAACUCCAAACCAGGACUGGACCAGUACGGCUAAAAAAAUGAAGCAAAGCAAAACAAAACUAAACUCAACAAAAACCCUCAAUAUAUAAAACGGUAAUAAUAGGCAUUCUGUCAAGGGCGUAGCCAGGAUUUUUUUCAGAGGUACGAACAAUUCUCCGAAACUUAAGAGUCUUUUCUGCAUAUAUGAAAUGACAUUAGCAACUUUUAAAAUACUUUGUCGCGUGUUGGGGUCCAUUGACUGAUGCAUGUCAAUCGUCUGUCUUACAUGCAAUUUAAGACUACGUACUUUUCCUGGUAAUUUUGUUACUGGGUUCGUUUUGUCGUUUUUGAUUAGAUGCAGUGGGUGAAUACGAAUUGAAAAGGUGUCUAUAGAUUUUGAAUCCGAAAUCUAAAGUGAAUCCGAUGUCUUGUAAAUUCGCCAUGUUUUGUAGUGUAAACAGUUUGUCCAACGAAUCUGGAUGCUUUUCCUUCUUUGAUAGUACGAGUUUGCAGUAAACCAAAAUGGAACUGUCAAUUUCAUGAAUAUAGUGCGCCUUAGCAACAAUGACGGAGAGGGCAACGAAAACGUCUUUAGCUAUCAAAAUGAUUGCACGGGUUUUUUCUUUUUUAACUUUUUCGCGUUUAUUUCAUCUCUCUCCAAAUGGCAAAUGUAGGCGAACUUCCCUAUGAAGUCUUGGGGAUCGCACCUAAGUUCGGACUCAGGGAAGAAAUUGAAUUUGCCCCUGUGUUUGUCCUCAAAACAACGUUGCAAAAGGAAAUUUAACGUCCUCUUCGUACAGGUUGUAACGAAAAGCGCGCUGCACGUACAAAAUUUGUUGUUUUUCAAUUACUUAUUGGGCUCGUUCCGUUUGACCUUAUCAUUGCCUUUGCCGUAGCCUUUGUCGUUGCUCCCAGGAUUUAUCGAUGUGCGUAAACGGUUAGGAAUCCAAACACGUUUUAAGUAAAAAUGCCUGCCCUCUUUUCACUUGUUCCCGGUAUCAUCCCAGUCAUGCGCUUCUCGUUUGUCUCCAGCUCUCGCGUUUCGCGCUUGUUCCCUGCUCCCCAUUAAGCUUUGGGAAAGCCUGUGGAGAAAGCACUACAACUGAUGUCGCAACUGGUGCCAUGUGUAGACCGAAGCUUGUUCUUUCAUAGGUCUCAUCGUUUCUUAGUAUAAUCUGAAACGUGAGAUCUCCUUUCCCUUGGCUUUGGGAGAUCUGGAUACGAGAUUAGCGUGGACACUGGCGAAGAAUAGAGUUAGAAACAUUUGACUGUCCAAACCUUCACCAUCCUGGGAUGAGAUCCAGGGGUAGUCAGUCUGGUCGGGAGAAAAGGUUCGACGAAAGUUUUCAAGCAUAAAACCUUCACUCGCCAUUUGCGUUUUUAACAGGUUUACAAUUACACACGCGAAAUCGCUAGUGCCAGCGGCGAGUGUUUAUAUUCAGAGUUAAUUUUGCCUCACUAAAACGCAGUCAAAAAUGCAUUCAACUCUGACUCGCGGACACUUCGCUAUGCAUUCUGAGUUGCUAAAUUCCCUAUAUUUAGGCUAUGUUUAUACUACAUCGGACAGCUUUUGCGCCGCCACGAGAAUCAUCUCGAAUUGAGCUUCUGUUCACACAUAAACACUGUUGUAGCGGCGCGAUUUCUGUGACGGAACGAAGAUGCACCGCGCCGAUCUAUAAAGUGGAGAGUCAAAUAUCGGAUAGGUGUGUUCACACUAUAACGGGGAGCUUUUCGUGGCGCCAAGAAAGGCUAUCCGUUAUAGUGUGAACAUGGCAUUAAAUUAAAGAGGUUUGAUUGCAAAAAUCUUCAGUCAUAAACGGUUCCCGCCAUUACGAAUUUACGGGAACCCCUUUCGGCACUGAUAUCAAAGGUCAUUGUUCUAACUCUCAUUUUUUGAAGAGCAAUACCGUGAUUUAAAAAAAGAUCGAGAAAAGAAAGUCAGAGGAGCGUUAGACGCGAAAUUGAAAUGUGUCUGAUUCAUAAGUUGUUUUGUGUACUCGGAAGCUACUGUUUGGUAGUCACUCAAGCAGAUCAUUGCAGUGAGUUUCGUCGGACCAUUGCAUAAUUCCCAAUUCCCAAUGCCCUGAAAAAUUAAAGCUAUGUAUGCUACCCAUUUUUUAUCAUUAUUUUGUUAUUUUUUUAAAUUCAAAACGUAAUCCGAGUUUUUUUCUAGCCAAUCAGAGCUGGGUAUUUAAAAACUGAAUUAAACUGCCUUGAGUUCAAUAUAAGCUUGAAAUCUCAUAGGUUCACCCAUAUCAUAUUUACUCGAAUAAGCGCCUCCCCGAUUACCCGGAAAGAUCCACCCCAAAUAAGCACCAUCUUCAAAUAAGCGCUGCAUUUGGGGGGUGAAAAAUUUAAUAAGCACGGCGUCGCUUAUUCCGGUACCCGGGGUCUCCUUGGUCACCGCGCCUUGUUCUCGGACGUGGAAAAUUCUUAUAAAAGAAAAUAAUCAAUUGAACAGUGUCAAACAGUUAAUAGAUAAGUUUAUUUUUCACUUUACAUACAUGCAUACAUACAUAAUUUGUUCAAGCUGCAUUAAAAUAGAUACAAGGUUUAAAAGUUGAAAAACGACAUCUUGAAUGGGAAGUUAUGAGGUUAUCGCUAUGUUAAAAGUCCCCAAAAUAAUAAGUGAAUAAAUAAAAAGAUAAAAAUAUCAUAAUAACAACUACAAUAAUAGUAAAAGGCAAUUCUUAGUUAAACGUUGAGAUUUAGUUUUAGCUUAGAUUUAAAUAAUUGAAGACUAUCAGCUACAACUAUGUCUUUGGGUAAAUCACUCCACAGUUGACUACUCUGAUGAAAAAAGGAAUGUUUAUGACAAUUUAGUCUUGUUGAUUUGACGUAAAGUUUAUGAGAAUGAUUGCCCCUGUAGAUUAAGGAGUAGUGAAUUUAAAAAAAAUGUUCAAAGUUAAGAUGAUAAUAAGCAAAGACAAUCUUGUAACAUUCGACUAAAGAUAAACAAGUUCUACGAUAAGAUAAAGUAAGCCAGUUACGCCGCUGGCAUCGCUCCUCUAAGACAUCUCUCGUUUACGUUGGUUUGGGGUCAUUCGCAACGCUUCUCUGUACACAUUCAAGUAAAUGGAUGUCCUUCGCCAGAUAAGGGCUCCAGACUGGUGCUGCAUAUUCUAAGAUUGGCCGCACGAGAGAUUUGUGGAGCAUAGAAAGUAUAUUUACAUUUGCAGUCCUCACGGAACAUUUUGUAACGCCUAAUACUUUGUUUGAGUUAUUGGCAAUCAUAAUCACUGUACAAGUAUGUAAACGAUAUUGCGACCUCUUAUCUUUAAACGAGGUUGAUUUAUAUGGCGCAACUUUAAGGUAUGACCCAGGCUAGUUCAGAAAAAUGUAAGGAGAAAAGAGAAGAUAUAAACAUUGUAUGCCUACCUGAAUGUUUCGUUUUCUGAGCCAAUACUUUGAAUUGCCUAGUUAUGUGUAGUUGCAAUAUUUUGCACUAAAUAAGCUCAUUCUUCUUCAAUAUAUCAGCUGCAGUUCUUUAACACUGAAAGUUCUAAAUUAAAACUUUUUAUCAGUUUAAUACUAUGUAUCUUUACCUCGCCGCUGACAGGGUAAGCCACAUGGCAACCAUGUGCUCCCCGGCUAUUCUACAUUAGGAUUAAUUUGAGCAUUUCCAACACCCUUGCCGCAAAAAUGUUUCAGUAAAAAUACACGGAAAUCCUUCAUCUGAACCAGAUAUGUGAUGAAGUUUAUAGCACUGCUGGAAAAAACUAGCACCCGACUAAUAUGUCUUAUCACAAAAUCGUCCUGGAAAUCUAGCGAUGGCUUAUCUACCGCAACAAAGGCUGUGUAAUACAGUAUUGUCGAAUAAGAAAGAACGGAAGCUAUGGUGACAAUUAUAAUUAAGCUAGUUUUUUUGAUUUGGUGUGAUCUCAUCCUCGCCUUAAUGGCGUUAUCUCGUUGUAUAUCGAUCCUUCUUUUGCUUCCUUUCCAUAUCCUUCUGGCUAUGAUGAUGUUCAUACAAAUCAAAGCAAUGCUUGGUAUGACGACCUGUAUAAGUACGAAGCCUACCAUAAUUACUCUGGUAGGUAGAUAACUGGUAUCGGGUUUACAGACCAUUGUGUAAUGUGUAGUAUUAAUAUCGUAUCUUGCACCAUUUACUGCUGCUGCUGGAAACAACCCCAUAAAAAAACCUGAAAGCCACGCUGUAUACACUAAUUUACGGACAGUGGAACCACUGAACGUUUUAGGAACAUCACGGGUUGAAAGAAACCUCUCGGUGCUUAUAACAAUUAAAUUAUUCGCUCUUAUAACGUAAAACGUACCGCUGAUAUAUCGACGUAUUUUACAAGGCCAGCCAUUUUGGAAUACAUCAUACAUUAGUUCUAUACCAACUAAAACACCUCCAAUGGAAAUUACGAGUAUCUCUGAAAGAGCUAAACUUUUCAUGUAAAGAUUGAAGUUUCUUAGGAAAGGAGAAGACUGCAGAAAAGGAACUGACUUUUUCUUGGAAAGAAAAUAAAGAAUUAGGAUGUUGCCCACCAAUCCGAUGACUCCAAAAAUUACAAAAAGUACAACAAGAACGAGUUUUAUGCUGAAAUCUGCUGGCGCGAACACGUAAACUAGAGAAGUAAUGGCUAAAGCUGUGCUGUUGAUAACAGAGGACUGAUUAUCGAUGGAAUUCGGGUUGGACAAAAGUUGCGAAGAAGGUUCCAUCUGCAAGUAAAAUCAGAAAUAAAAAUGAAUUUCUAAAAAUUUUGGUUAAUGGUGUUUCCUAUAGGCUUCUUCGAAUUUUAUUAAUAAAUCAAUUUAACCAAUUUGUCAGGGGCACCCAGCGAGAAUAUAGUUCAAACCACUUAAACAUAGCAUUGUUAAACGUAUUUUAGUAUUUAAACGGUAGAUAUAGGCCUACUUUUAUCCCCUAGAAAUUUUUCAUCUGUUCGUUUUUCCAAGCUGAAAGUCUAGUGAUCCGAAAAUUAUAGGGAUCAAAACUUACCUUUUCGAAAAUUUCAGCCAGAAAAAAGGCUCCCGAAAAUUCUAGGUGAUCUCUUUAGUGUAAAAAUCCGUUAAAAAUGGGCAAUUAUACCAUUUUUUGAUGGUCGAAAAUCCUAGGAGAGGUAGGCAAGGAAGAAAUUUUACAAGUGUUCGGAAAAUUCUAGAUCUCAAAUCGUCUUCCGAGGUGAGGUGUCUUCGCGCAAGACUAAAUCCUCGAGCCCACAAUGUAUCGUAGUUGAUGGUGUUGAACACACCACCCCAGCCUCUAUUGCAUCCGUGCUCAACUGUUAUUUCUCAUCCAUUGGCAGAAGUCUUGCAAAUAAAAUAUCAGCUGCUGCUAUGUUCCCAGUCAGAUCGGCCACGAUGCUACAGUCUUUCUCGCUUGACGAAGUUGAUGAGAAAACAGUACUCAAGCAUCUGCUUUCUCUAAAGACAAAUAAAGCUAUUGGCUUGGACAACAUCAGUGCGAGACUUUUAAAGUGUGGCGCGCGUGCUAUUUGUCCCUCGAUCACCAAGUUACUGAAUCUCUCUAUUCGCACUGGCAAUUUUCCUGAAAUAUGGAAAUGCUCGAAAGUGGCUGCACUUUUCAAAACUGGAGAUAGGAGAGAUGCGUCAAAUUAUCGCCCAAUUUCUAUUCUGCCAACAAUGAGUAAAAUUCUGGAAAAAGUCGUCCAUUCCCAAUUCUAUGACUUUCUGAAUUCAAAUAAUCUCCUUUCAAGCAAACAAUUUGGCUUCCGUCCCAAACUGUCUACAACAUCGGCUCUCACCAGUUUUGCAGAUGAGGUCCUAUUGCAUAUGGAGAGUGGAGAACUGUGCGGUGCAGUGUUCCUAGAUCUGACCAAGGCAUUCGAUACCGUUGACCAUACGAUCUUGCUAUCUAAAUUGUCGGCUAUCGAUGUCUCGCCCAGCACUCUACAGUGGUUCAAGUCUUACCUGAAUCAUCGUAAACAGCGGACUGCCUGUAGCGAUGCUGUGUCUGACCCUCUCCCGAUGACCUUUGGGGUGCCACAGGGGAGCAUUCUAGGACCGCUUCUCUUCUUGGUUUAUAUUAAUGACCUUCCGCUGGUUAUAAAGAAUUGCGAAGUGACUUUGUAUGCUGAUGACACGGUCCUGUACUACUUUGCUAAAGAGCCACACCUGUUAGAAGAGGCACUGAAUGAUGAUCUCUUGAAAGUUGCCCAGUGGUUACAUGGAAAUAAGUUAACUUUAAAUCUUACUAAGACGAAAUCCAUGAUUAUAGGCAGUAAUAGGAAACUUGUUGGUAUUUCCUCUUUCACGUUAUCUAUUUUGACACUGAUAUAAAUUCUGUAAGUAGUUUUAAAUAUUUGGGAGUUAUGUUGUCUUCAACUUUCACAUGGUCCGACCAUAUUGAGUAUAUUUCAUGUAAGGUUAAUAAAAACCUUGGUCUUCUACGUAGGAUUAAGUAUUAUUUACCUUAUGAUGCCCGGUUACUUUUUUAUAAUAGCUUAGUACUACCUAUUUUUGAUUAUGCUGAUUUAGUCUGGGGUGACAAGGACAAUGUCUCACUUAUGAAGGAAUUGCAAAUUCUCCAAAACAAAGCAGCUAAGUUGAUAUUAGAUAGAUCACCUCACUCCUCAUCCACCGAUGCAUUGAUUGUCUUGAGAUGGCUGAAUCUUGAAGAACGUAGGAAAUGUCAUCGAUGUAUAUAUGCAUACAAGUGUAUUAAUGGCCAACUUAAUCAUUCUUUGGACAUUGUAAGAAAGAGUGAUAUACAUUCCUACAAUACGCGCAAUAACGAUACUAUCAAGCUCCCCAAAAUUAAAUAUAAUUGGGGAAAACAACGUUCGCGGUACCACUGUUUCAAAGACUUUAAUGAAUUAGAGAGAACUGUAAGAAACUCAGCAAGUUUUCCAAUUUUUAAGAAGUGUCUUUUUUUGCUUUUUAUAAUUGAGUACUUGUAGUGUGUAUGUUUUAAUUAUUUCUGUAACUCGAUUUUAGCUUGAAUUUUUUUUUUUUUUUUUUUUUUUUUUUUUUUUGUAUCAUAUAUAUCGAUUUUAGCUUAACCUUUUUAUAUUUUAAUUGUAUUAUAUAAUAUACAUCUCGUAAUUAGGACCUCUAUGUAAACCACUCUUGUGAUGGAGCAUCCUAUUAAAAGAUUGUUAUUAUUAUUUUUUUCCGAACAGAUAUUUUCCGAAAAUUGACGUUGGGUGCUCCUGAUUUGUCCCUGGACGUUUUGUCGCAAAACGCCAUUUGAAGUUAGUCAAGCCGUUUUCUGGUCAGUUCCCUUCUCCGGCUUUAGGGGGUUUUAGCAUCGACGACGGCUACGGCAGCGAAAACAUCACUUUUACAGUCAAACCAGGUCAAGCGUUCCCGUCGCUAACGAACUAAUGAAUUCAUUCACGGAAAAAUGAUUUGGGUGUCUAGAAAACGACGACCUAGAAAACGAAGACCUACGACCUAGAAAACGACGACCUAGAAAACAACGACCUAGAAAACAACGACCUAGAAAACGACGACCUAGAAAACGAUGACAGUGAUGGGGUAGCUCGAAGGAUUAAGGGGUUAGAGGGGUACAGAGGGCGGGAAAUAAGAGGACGAUAGGAGGGAAUUAUGAAGGGGUGAGAGGUGGGCGAAGAAGGAAAAUUUUAGAAAAAUAGUAAAUAUUAUUUGUACCGGCUAAGGGUAUGAAGCCGAGGAAUAAAACGGUGGAAAUGGAAAUGCAAGGUACAAGAGAUCUCCCCUCUGUUUCUUUUAUCAAACAAACGUUGCCUGUUUGUUCUUGGAUAGAUUUAUUUGAUGACAAGAAUUGUAUUAGCCUAUUGUGUUUCAAACCAGUUUUUCAGUAGAAUCGAAGUGAGAAAGAAAAUAAUUUACAGUCUGUCUAUAAAUCCGCUUACCUAAAGAAUCUGUUAAAAGUAUUUGCUAACCUGUAAAGUGCGAUUGUUGUAACGACCCGCAACAGAAGUAAGUCAACAUUGAAGUUUUCUGAAUUUAGCUACUAGAUUAAGACGAUUUGUGUUUGUUCUGAUUGCGAAUUAUAAAUGUAUUUCUUUUAGAUCGAAUAAUUAUUAAAGCUUGGUGGUCAUUUGAGCUAACCAGUUCCUAAGGAAACACCCUCCCCCUCUAGAACUGGCUGGGGUGUUUACCAAGAGAGGAUAACCUCUCUUGGUGUUUACUUAAAGUAUAUCGGGUUAGUUUCAUCAGCGAUCCCGGAGUGUGUUAAUAAAAAGAGGUUUGGAGAACGAAGUAUUUCUUAAAGUCAAAAUUUGGGAAAUUUUUACGUUUAGGCGGAAAAGCUCGAUUGAUUUAUUCAUUAACGUAAACCUUCGUUACAUGCAUCCCGCGAGAUACCUACAUCUAUUGUUCUUGCGUUAUUUUCAUAACGCGGUUUAUAAAACCGUCUCUCGCAUUUUUAAACAGCAGUUGCAGAGUGCCUAGUGUCGUCGCAGGAGCUAUUGUUUUGUCUUCGACAUUGCAUUGUGCAUUGCCUGAAAGUGAUGGAAGAAUUAAAGAUGAACCGAAGUGAAAUUUUUAAUUUUGCUCUGCGGCGUUGUCUCUAUUUCACAUGAUGUAAUAAUUUAUUUUUGAACAAUUCAAAAGUUCUACCGGCGAUCUCACUGCAUAUAUACCACGCUAUCAGACCUGUGAGGAAAGAGAAACUCCUAGGAUGAUACGAUUCAAAUCUUACAGUUUAAAUACAGUUCAAAUCUGAUGACAUGUCAACCUGUCAACCUUCAUUGUGUCCCACAUAAUCAGUUUCACAAUUUUCGUUACCGGUAUGCUGCCGUUUCAUGUAUGGAAAGGUACUUGAAAAUGUUGAAGCCCUUCUUUCUUUAUUUUCAAAAUAUAAACUGUUUGUUUACGGUAUUGAGCUGUGAACACAAAAACGGCACGUCUGAUUUAUUUCCUGUUUGAUUUACUUUGUGGGCUUGAACUUACCGCUAUAAACGACGCGCCAGUGAAGCAGUGUAUAUUAUUUAGGUCAUUUAGAUUUGAUGGAAAUUUGUUUAAAUUGAUAUCAGGAUAAUAAAUAGGUCAAAGCAAAGCUUUUGCUUCCAGUAGUCAGUCAGGUUGAAUCAUGACUUCAUUCUGACCAUACUAAAGGAAAAUUUGACUUGAGAAACUUUUUUAGUGGAGCUCUUACGCGCUCGCGCAAAGGGAGCACAAUUGGUAACAAAUUUGGUUACCUUUGCAUGGGCGCCAUUCCAUUCAAUCAAAACGUCUGGUUUAAAUUUUCGGCAACUUCCAUGCAGUACCGUAUGGAACAGCAUUUUCGCGAUAUAUACGCAAUUUUCGAAAAUUAUCAUCGGGAAGUUUUCUUUCCGCAUUCAAAUUUGCUCCCGAAUGUCUAAAAUUUCUGGUUGAAUGGUUCGCAUUUCGGAAACGUUUCCGGAAGUCUGGGAACUUUUCCGGGAAAAUACUGUACCAAUUGCCGCUGUUUCCAAAGUUUCUUAAGUUUUGGGUGCAUGGAAAGUGCCCAAAAUGCAUCCAAGAAAUUUUGAGAGAAUCGUCUGCACGUACUACGAUGUGCAAAAAAAGGGUGCUGCACGUGCGAAUUAGACCUUUUGACCUUAGCAUUACUUAUAACCAGCCCCGGGUAACUAGCGGCUAUGAGCGAUUUGCGUGGGUGUUUGGCACGUUUGAUAAGAUUACACUGAGAUUUGCUAUGAAUAUGCUAUUUUGGUUUUUUCCGGGGAUGGGGCAUUUCUCACACUUCUAUUAAGCGCCCCCCACUCCCCGCGGUUUUUUUAGGUCGUCGUUUUCUAGGUCGUCGUUUUCUAGGUCGUUGUUUUCUAGGUCGUCGUUUUCUAGGUCGUCGCUUUCUAGGUCGUCGUUUUCUAGGUCGUCGUUUUCUAGGUCGUAGGUCUUCGUUUUCUAGGUCGUCGUUUUCUAGACACCCAAAAUGAUUUCGUUUGUUGAUUCAAUAAUCCAUUCAUAAAAUGAACAAUCCAACAGUAAUAUUUAGACUCGAUUCUAUAAUCGAAUGUUGAUUCGAUUACUGUUUUUUGAAAAAUUCCACUUUCCACAAGUUGACCUCAGAAUUUUGUUUUUUCCUCUUUUUUUUCUGAGAGUCGAGUGCUGGCGAGUUCUGAAGUUCAAACCCAAACAAACUGUUACAUGUACGCCAGUUUGCUGCCAAUAAUCAGUGCAACAGACCUAGGCCUGACCUCUUAGAAAACACGACGGUCAAACUGAGGUCAGUGUAUGUGCGGUGAUUGGUGGAUUUCGAUCCUCGGCCUUUGUCAGUUUCUUUGCGUUUGCGGUCUGUCUAUUCUAGCUGUUAUUUUGAUUAAAGGCAAUGAAAAACGCAAUCGUAAACGGCAGGAAAAGGGAAGCAAAUACGAUUGAACACAACAGACAAGAAUAAAGAACAGGUAGAUUUUGUUCAUAAACCAAAUCAACAUUUGAUUAUUGAAUCGAGGUACAAUUUGACCGUUGGAUUAUUCAUUUUAUGAAUGGAUUAUUGAAUCAACAAACGAAAUCAUUUUUCCAUUAAUGAAUUCAUUAGUUUGUUAGCGACGGGAACGCUUGACCUGGUUUGACUGUAAAAUGAAUUAGCGUUUUGUCCGGUUUAUUCCAAUUUGCUGAAAAUGUCUAAUGUAGGCCAAUUUCACUGGAGUUGAUUUCUUAGGGACCGCACUCAAGUUUAGAAAGAGAAAGAAAAGUUUGUCGUCGCUUGUUUACGUCCUCUUACGUGAAAUUGGGCAUUUUAACGUCGUAGUCGUGCAGUAACGGCAAGGAAGUGUACAAAAAAGCGUGAUGCACGUGCAAACGUGUUGUUUUGCUUAAUAAACCUAUUGCUGUUUUGACGUUCUCGUUGCCGUUGCCGUCGCCGUCGUCGUAGCAAAAACUGCCUUUUUUCUGAGGGGAGGGGACUGCUGUAGACAGACUAGUCAAUGGUAGUCUUUACACUAGAGCGUAAAUAAGCUAAGAAAUAUUUCAAGACAAGUAAAUUUUAAUUACUUCAAGUAAAGGAAAGAUUCACACGAAACCGAUUCUUGUUUACUUCAGGUUAACUUAAGGCUAUUUUCCCACGCAACAUAAUUACGAUUGAUUGACGUGUUUCGCCUUUCUCAAACCUCAAGAAACCGCAAGUAACCGCAAGUGAGCUAAGUCGGUUUUAAGGUAGCCUGCGAGCAAGCUCUCCUAUUUGGGCGAGGAAAACAGAGGUUUUCAAACCGAUUUUGUCACAGUGUUGGAUACAAGUAAACGCGCAUGUACCAUCAAAAAUAGUACCGUUCUUUUUUUGCGUAAACGAGCAAAAUGGUUUCAAAAACUCAACUUGUAAACGCUUAUUUUUGGAGACGGAGAAAAGAAUCUAGAAAUGCAGGCGCUAGAAGUCGCUCAUUGCGUCUCAAAGCAAUUCGUCGUCGAAAUUGAAAAACAAUUUCACAGUUACCGUCUUUACUUCACAGAUUUUUCUCAAAAUUUUUUGGCAUACCAAGAAAGCAUAAUAGUAUGAAUACUUAUUUAAAGCAGAUACGAGACAUUUCAGCCAAAAUAUCUGCAAAAUUUUCACUAGACGCGAUUUUCCUCGAAAAGUACGGUCCACUUACAGCGCUAAUUUCUUAAAAAAUAUUUAUGACCAGUAAAAUCAAAUUGUUUUAUAUUCUUGCCGGAUGAUAGGUGUAAGUGUUCUCGAAGUUCUGCAGGGACAAGCUUUCCUAUCCGAUUCCGAGAAAUUCGACCACUCUAAAAUAGAUUAUAAGAUUAUGACGCCAUGACAACUAUGAAGUCAAUAAAACACUGAUGAUAACAAAAAUCAAAGUCAUCUUUCUCUAAUACAGCUGUGGAGGUCGUUUUCCAGAUUUGUUCGUGAAUAGCAAUGCAGCAAAUUCUCUGACUUUGUGAGGCACUACCACCAAUUAAAAACUGGAAAAAUCCACUCAAGCGACCGUAAGCCCCAUUUUUGUUCUAAGAUUGUUUUCCAAAGUCUGAUUUCGCUCACAUUUUAGGUUUGAUUAUCAUGAGUAUUGCAAUUUUGGUUAAUUUAAAUGGGGUUUUCAAAAAGCAAGUGCCUACUAUACCUUUCUUGUCAAUAAAAGUGAAGCACUCGUUGGUUAUGCCAGAUCACUGAACUUUCCACUUUGCGGUCAGCAAAAAACGGACUGUGUGACAAGAAACAAAUUAUUAGCUAACUAGCUAAAUGUGUAAAGAUCAAAUUAUUUUUAAGUUAAAUUGUGUAUUCAUAGAAUAUAUUGUUCAUAAUCAUUUUAUUUUGACUAUACUAACCUUAGUUGAAAAAGUCAUUCUUAAUGCGCAAAUUUCUGAAAGACCCCCGUCUUUUAAACUCUUCACUGCCGCAAAUGAGCGGAACGCUGAGGCUGAAAAAAGACAAAACAAGAUUGGUAUUAUUUUUUCACCGAGUGCAGAUAGAAAAUACAGUGAAAUCAAAAAAGCAGUUAAAGAAUUGGAACUUACCGAUCUUAAUGUUAGCAAGUCUCUUCUCAGUUCAAACUGUACCUACAUACUGCUGCUCCCACAAGAAUGCUCGCAUUCACGGCCAGUGAUGUGAACACAGGCUGUAAGACCGUUCUGCUGAAAAUGCUGUUGUCAGGAAUGAGUUUGGUAAUUUCUACUGCAUAAGUUACAUUUUCUAUUGUAUGUUCAUCUCAAGGAUUUUUUCAUUGUAACUCAGUUUCCUGCCGCCAAAAUUGAAAGCCAGAUUGAACAAAACCGUGAAUGGUCUAGUUUUGUUACAUCCCAGAGAAAUAACGAACAAUGUAACAUACGGUAUGUUUUAUGGUAUCCGGCAGUAGUUUCAUGUGAUAGCUGUUUUAACGUUUGUGCGUACCUCGUCUCCAACUUUUUAGGAGGGUCAUUCUUGUUUUUUUUUUUUCAUUGCAACAACAACAACAACAACAGCAAUGUAUCUAUUAACAGAACUAUAAAAUUUACAAUACUUUAUGUCCCGCAAAUAGCUACUGUGCUGAUCUAGGCAGGACAACUGAUUUUAGAAACAGAUAAUACAGAAAGAAACACCUUACAUGUAAAUUCAAGUACAGGGAUUUUGUUUUUUCUAAGAAGACUAAAAUUACAACUGAAAGUGUAUACAACUAAUUACGUACAUUGCAUCAGGUUGAAAGCGUUUAUGAAAAUUGAUAGGUAUAAAAUUCUGGGAAACUGCUAGCCCUCCUAUUCGUAUCUCCAGGUUAUGUCUAAAAACUGAGGCCAUUAUUCAAUGUUCAAUUUUCAGUUUAAAAAGCGUUGCGGUGUCUCACUGGAUAAACUUUCUAGGGAAAUUACAAACAAAGUAACAGGUGAUCACUUUUGUUCAUAUUUUCCGGUAGUCUUAGCUUUUUGCCAAUUUUUAACUUGUUUCUAAGUGUAUAUGACAUAAAAUUUUUAAAACUGGUUUUGGUUCUUAGAUAAGUUUGAUUAACAAUUCUAAAAUGUGUCUCCCCAAAAAAAUUUCAUGAAUUUUGGCCGUCCAAAAACUGCUUUUUCCCCUUGAGAAAUGUCCUAGAGACUCGGAACGAGUCAAAGAAAGUCUUAUGAGGCCUUCGCUUCUGAUUCUGGUCUUUGUUUUGCCUUUUGUGGAAUAAAGCGGUGUAUUUGACAGUAAGAAGAGUGUAGCGAAGCAAAUGAGGAUUCUAAAGAUGAUGGGGGUCUCGACAACGACAAUCUUUCUUAUUUGCCGCCAUCAAGUUACUGAUUAUUUUACAUGCUUGCUAAUCAUUCUGUGUCAUACUUGUCAAUUUGGCUGCGUGAUAGGGCGGACAUUUGCGUUAAAGACGAAAAAGGACAUAAAAAUUCAACGCAAAAUAUUUUUACAUAAUGAUCAUGGUUAAUUGCCAACGAGGCAACCGAGCUAAAAAGCGAGGCUGCCUCGGCGGCAGAUUCGUAAUCUGCGCAAUGUUAGGAAAAUUUCUCAAAUUCUGCGUAGCCCUAUUCUUUGCUAUAUUUGGGCAACGUCUUGGUCUUGUUUUUACUACUAGUGGUUCGAGAUUGGGUAAUCCAGUAUGAAACCAAUCGGCGUCUGUUCCUGAGGACCUAAAAGUUGAGCAAGCUUUCAUGCGAGUUCUUGUUUGAAAGGGCUAUUAAUAGCCUAGUAAUAGGCUAGUAAUUCAUUUACGGAGUUUUCAACAAACAAAUCAUGUCCACGAAGAAAGAUGCAAACAAUUUCUUCACACUUCCGUUGUUGAAUUGGCCACGAUUGGUCGCUUAGUAAGGCAGAGCAUAAUCAUGAAAACCAGGGGCUUAGCCAGGAUUGUUUCAGACGUACGCACAAUUCUCCAAAUCGCUCCCCCCUCCUCCCCCCCCCACCAGCCCCCCAAAACCUUUCUUUUUAGCUUGAUUUAAGAUUUGGUUACGUUGAAAACCUUAGAGUUCUUUUUUUCUACAUAUGAAGUCCAAUUAGCAAAUUGUAAAAUACUUUGUCGCGUGUUUCGGUCCAUUGACUGAUGCACGUCAAUCAUCUGUCUUACAUUUGGACAAUUUUGUUACUGGGUUCGUUUUGUCGUUUUUAAGCAGAUACAGCGCGUGAAUAAGAAUUGAACUGUGCCGAUUUGGUCAAGUCUCUCUAGAUUUUGAAUCCGAAAUCUAGAGUAAAUGCGAUGCCUUGUAAAUUCGCAAUGUUUUGUAGUGUAAACAGUUUGUCCAAUGAAUCCGGAUACUUUUCCGCCUUUGAUCAUACGAGUUUGGGUAAACCAAAAUGGACCUUUCAAUUUCAUGAAUAUAGGGCGCCUUAGCGGUUAGUGUUAUCAGCCUCAGCCUUCGGCUUUGGCUGAUAACACUUACCUCGACCUUGAUUAUUCCGGAUGUCACAAAAACCUCAUCCAAUAAUUGUUUAUUAUUUUGUUAUUUCUUUUAAAUUCAAAACGUCAUCCGAAUUUUUUUCUAGCCAAUCAGAGCUGGGUAUUUAAAACUGAAUUAAACUGUCUUGGGUUCAAUAUAAGCUUGAAAUCUCAUAGGUUCACCCAUAUCAUAUUUACUCGAAUAAGCGCCUCCCCGAUUACCCAGGAAGAUCCACCCCAAAUUAGCGCCGCCUUCAAAUAAGCGCUGCAUUUGAGGGGUGAAAAAUUUAAAAAGCACAGCGUCGCUUAUUCCAGUACCCGGGGUCUCCUUGGUCACCGCGCCUUGUUCUCGGACAUGUGUAAAAUUCUUAUGAAACAAAAUAAUUUGAACAGAGUCAAACAGUUAAUAGAUAAGUUUAUUGAUUAUUCACCUUUUCACUUUAUAUACAUACAUACAUAAUUUGUUCAAGCUGCAUUAAAAUAUAUACAAGGUUUAAAAGUUGAAAAACGACAUCUUGAAUGGGAAGUUAUGAGGUUAUUGCUAUGCUAAAACUCCCCAAAAUAAUAAGGAAAUAAAUAUAAAGAUAAAAAUCUCAUAUUGACAACUACAAUAACAGUAAAAGGCAAUUCACUUGGUUAAACAUUGAGAUUUAGUUUUAGCUUGGAUUUAAAUAAUUGAAGACUAUCAGCUUCAACUAUGUCUUUGGGUAAAUCACUCCACAGUUGACUACUCUAAUGAAAAAAAGAAUGUUUAUAACAAUUUAGUCUUGUUGAUUUGACAUAAAGUUUAUAAGAAUGAUUGCCCCUGUAGAUUAAGUAGUAGUGAAUUCAAAAGAUCUUCAAAGUUAAGAUGAUAAUAACCAAAGACAAUCUUGUAACAUUCGACUAAAGAUAAACAAGUUCUUCGAUCAGAUAAAGUAAGCCCCUUACCCCGCUGGCAUCGUUCCUCUAAGACAUCCCUCCUUUACGUUGGUUUAGGGUCAUUCUUGACGCUUCUCUGUACACAUUCAAGUAAAUGGAUGUCCUUUGCCAGAUAAGGGCUCCAGACUGGUGCUGCAUAUUCUAAGAUUGGCCGUACGAGAGAUUUGUGCAGCAUUGAAAAUAUAUUUACAUUUGGAGUUCUCACGGAACAUUCAGUAACGCCUAAUACUUUGUUUGAGUUAUUGGCAAUCAUAAUCACUGUACAACUACCGUAUUUAAGUGAUACUGCGACCUCUUAUCUUUAAACGAGGUUGAUUUAUAUGGCACAACUUUAACGCAUGACCCAGGCUAGUUCAGAAAAAUGUGAUGAGGAAAGAGAAGAUAUAAACAGUCUAUGCCACCUCAAUUUUUCGUUUUCUGAGCCAAUACUUUGAAUUGCCUGUUAAAAUUAAGUUAUAUGUAGUUGCAAUAUUUUGCACUGAAUAAGCUCAGUCUUCUUCAAUAUAACAGCUGCAGUUCUGUAGCACUGAAAGUUCUAAAUUAAAACUUUUUAUCGGUUUGAUACUAUGUAUCUUUAACUCACCGCUGACAGGUAAGCCGCAUGGCAACUAUGUGCUCCCCGGCUAUUCUACAUUAGGAUUAAUUUGAGCAUCUCCAACACUCUUGCCGCAAAAAUGUUUCAGUAAAAAUACACGGAAAUCCUUCAUCUGAACCAGAUAUAUGAUGAAGUUUGUAGCACUGACGGAAAAAACUAGCGCCCGACUAAAAUGUCUUAUCACAAAAUCUUCCUGGAAAUCUAGCGAUGCUUCAGCUACAGCAACAAAGGCUGUGUAAUACAGUAUUGUCGAAUAAGGAAGAACGGAAGCUAUGGUGACAAUUAUAAUUAAACUAGUUUUUUUGAUUUGGUGUGAUCUCAUCCUCGCCCUAAUGGCGUUAUCUCGUUGUAUAUCGAUCCUUCUUUUGCUUCCUUUCCAUAUCCUUCUGGCUAUGAUGAUGUUCAUACAAAUCAAAGCAAUGCUUGGUAUGACGACCUGUAUCAGUACAAAGCCUACUACAAUUACUCUGUUAGGUAGAUAACUGGUAUCGGGUUUACAGACCAUUGUGUAAUGUGUAGCAUUAAUAUCGUAUCUUACACCAUUUGUUGUUGCUACUGGAAACAACCCCAUAAAAAAACCUGAAAGCCACGCUGUAUACACUAAUUUACGGACAGUGGAACCACUGAACGUUUUAGGAACAUCACGGGUUGAAAGAAACCUCUCGGUGCUUAUAACAAUUAAAUUAUUCGCUCUUAUAACGGAAAACGUACCACUGAUAUAUCGACGUAUUUUACAAGGCCAGCCAUUUUGGAAUACAUCACACAUUAGUUCUAUACAAACUAAAACACCUCCAGUGGAAGUUACGAGUAUCUCUGAAAGAGCUAAACUCUUCAUGUAAAGAUUGAAGUUUCUUAGGAAAGGAGAAGACUGCAGGAAGGGAACUGACUUUUUCUUGGAAAGAAAGUAAAGAAUUAGGAUGUUGCCCACCAAUCCGAUGACUCCAAAAAUUACAAAAAGUACAACAAGAACGAGUUUUAUGCUGAAAUCUGCUGGCGCGAACACGUAAACUAAAGAGGUAAUGGCUACAGCUGUGCUGUUGGUAACGGAGGACUGAUUAUCAAUGUAAUUCGGGUUGGACAAAAGUUGCGAAGAACGUUCCAUCUGCAAGAAAAUUAGAAAUAAAAAUGAAUUUCUAAACAUUUUUGGUUAAUGGUGUUUCCUGUAGGCUUCUUCGAAUUGUAUUAAUUUAACCGAUUUGUCUCUGGACCUUUUGUCGCAAAACGCCAUUUGAAGUUAGUCAAGCUUUUUUCUGGCCAGUUCCCUUCUCCGGCUUUAGGAAGUUUUAGCAUCGACGGCGGCUACCGUAGCGAAAACGUCACUUUUAAAAUGAAUUAGCGUUUUGUCCCGCUUAUUCCAAUUUGCUGAGAAUGUCUAAUGUAGGCCAAUUUCACUUGAGUUGAUUUCUUAGGGACCGCACUCAAUUUUAGAAAGAGAAAGAAAAGUUUGUCGUCGCUUGUUUACGUCCUCCGUAAAACGUGAAAUUGGGCAUUUUCACGUCGUAGUCGUGCAGUAACGGCAAAGAAGUGUACAAAAAAGCGAGAUGCACGUGCAAACGUGUUGUUUUGCUUAAUAAACCUAUUGCUGUUUUGACGUUCUCGUGGCCGUCGCCGUCGUCGUAGCUAAAACUGCCUUUUUUCUGAGGGGAGGGGACGGCUGUAGACAGACUAGUCAAUAUGGUUAAAAAGAACUAAAACUGGUAUGGACUGGUAUGGGCCACCGUCCGGUAAAAACGCUCCCAUAUUUUCCGGCAUGCUAUACUUUUUAGAAUGAAUGAAAACAGAGGUUUUCAAACCGAUUUUGUCACAGUGUUGGAUACAAGUAAACGCGCAUGUACCAUCAAAGAUAGUACCGUUUUUUUUUUUGCGUAAACGAGCAAAAUGGUUUCAAAAACUCAACUUGUAAACGCUUAUUUUGGGAAACGGAGAAAAGAAUCUAGAAAUGCAGGCACUAGAAGUCGCCCAUUCUGUCUCAAAGUAAUUAGUCGUCGAAAUUGAAAAACAAUUUCACAGUUACCGUCUUUUGCUCCAUCGAUUUUUCGGAAAAAUUACCAAGAAAGCAUAAUAUUAUGAAUACUUAUUUAAAGCAGAUACCAGACAUUUGAGCCAAAAUAUCUGCAAAAUUUUCCACUAGACUCGAUUUUCGUCGAAAAGUACAGUCCACUUACAGCGCUAAUUUCUUAGAAAAUAUUUAUGACCAGUAAAAUCGAAUUGAUUUAUAUUCUUGCCGAAUGAUAGCUGUAAGUGUUCUCGAAGUUCUACAGGGACAAGCUUCGACCACAGUAAAAUAGAUCAUGAUAACAUUAUGACGCCAUGACAACUAUGAAGUCAAUAAAACACUGAUCAUAACAAAUCAAAGUCAUCUUUCUCUAAUACAACUGUGGAGACCGUUUGCCAGAUUUGUGCGUGAAUAGCAAUGCAGCUAAUUCUCAGACUUUAUGAGGCACUGCCACCAAUUGAAAACUGUGAAAAUCCACGCAAGCCACCUUAAACCCCAUUUUUGUUGUAUAAGAAUGUUUUCCAAAGUCUUAUUUCACCCAGAUUUUGGGUUUGAUUAUCAGGAGUAUUGCAAUUUUGGUUAAUUUAAAUGAGGUUUUCAAAAAGCAAGUGCCUACUAUACCUUUCUUGUCAAUAAAAGUGAAGCACUCGUUGCAGAUGCCAGAUCACUGAACUUUUUACUUUGCGGUCAGCAUAAAACGACAAGAAACAAAUGAUCUCCUUUUUCUUCCUAAGAAGCUAAAUGUGCAAAGAUCAAAUCAUUUUUAAAUUAAUUCCGUAUUUAAAGAAUUUAUUGUUCAUAGCCUUUUUAUUUUGACUGUACUAACCUUAGUUGCAAAAGUCGUUCUUAAUGCGCAGAUUUCUAAAAGACCCCCGUCUUUUAAACUCUUCACUGAAGCAAAUGAGCGGAACGCUGAGGGGUAAAAAAGACAAAACAAAAUUGGUAUUAUUAUUUCAUUUAGGGAAAAUAAAAAAAUGCCUUGAAAUCAAUAAAUUUAAGCAGUUAAAGAAUUGGAACUUACCGAUCGUAAGGUUAGCAAGUCUCUUCUCAGUUCAAACUGUACCUACAUACUGUUACGUGUAUGCUGCUCCCACAAGAAUGCUCGCAUUUACAGGUGAACACAGGCUGUUCGACCGUUUUGCUGAAAAUGUUAUUGACAGGAAUGCGCUUGGCAAUUUAAUACUACAGAAGUUACAUUUUCUUUUGUAUGUUCACCUCAAGGAUUUUUUCAUUCUAGCUUAGUUUCCUGCCAGCAAAAUACGCCAUUAUCACGAUGACGUCUUUUACUACUAAGACCAGAAUUCAUUUCGUUUUUUCUUUGACAUUUAAAUUUGUUAAUCCCGUUGAGGUUUAAAUAACAAAAGCCCUAAUUUGCACAAGAAAGCGAAACCCUGAAAUAUUCUGGUAGUAUUAGUAAAAUGACGUCAUCAUGCAAAUGGCCUAUUGAAAGCCAGAUAUGCAUAACUGUUUGUUGAACAAAACCGUGAUGAAUCUAGUUUUGUUACAUCCAAGAGAAAUAACGAACAAUGUAACAUAUGGUAUGUUUUAGUUUAUUCGGCAGUACUUUCAUAGCUGUUUGUGCGUACCUAGUCUCCAACUUUUUAGCGGGGUCAUACUUGGUUUUUUUUUUCAUUGCAACAACAACAACAAGGUAUCUGUUAACAGAACUAAUGUAUAGAUUUAGCCAGGGGUAAAAGCGAAGCUCCCGUUAAUAAAUUUAUGAUUUAAAUCAAACAAUAAACUUGUAAUCCACAAAUCAGUUAACUUUAGGGCACAUUCAUGUGAUUUUUGAGGAAAAGGCUAAGUGAUUUUGGAGAAAAAGAAUUUGCAAACAGUUCAAGGGUUAAACAAAUUUUGCAUCGAGCUAAUAGUCUUUAUGUACACCCCCAAAAUAGCAAUCAUCUUCGAUGACAGUAGAUGAGGCCUGGAAAAGAAAUUCUUCCUAAACAAAAUAACCCAGUCGCCCACUUACGACCACCUUUAUUUUAUAACUGGACAGCCUCGAAUAUAAUUUUAUGCUAUAAAGGCCGAUUAUAAGACACGAGAGUCUUCGGUGGCAGCCAAUUUACACGUUGCAGUUCAGUUCUAGUUUGCGUUCCUUUGUCUAAAAUAAAAAAAUCAGGCCGGAUUUUUGUGUUCGGCAAGUCUACUUUACACAAUCUUGCCGACAAGUCUGGUGGCGUGUAAACGAGCCUUUGAAACUUUUUAUACAUCACAUCUGAGGUACACGCGUACAGCACUAUGAGGCGCUGUUUUUUAUACAGACCUCGGACGGAUUUUGCUCUUUUUUGCCCUAUUUAAAUCUAUACUUUUGCAGUUUUUUUGCAAUUUUGCUAGACAAGUUGAACUCAUUCAAUAUUCAGGACGAUCGAAGCACCCGCUUCCUUUGCACAACAAAUUAUAGAGCUGAAUUGACUACAUUGUAAAACGUUUUCAUGAAGACUGUUCAUUCAGAACAAUCUGCUCCUAUGUGGUAUGCAGGGUAAUAACGCGCUUUUAGCGAAAACGUUAAACAUGCGUUGAAAUAAUCCAAAAUCAACUAUACAGCCAGCCAGUUCUUACUUUUGAUAAGCGCCGAAUAAGUAGUGCGAGCUGUUGGUGUUUGAACUAUUGAACCUCAAUAGAGUUACGCUGCAACAUAAUGAAGAAUUUAUUAUGUUUAUUUCUUAUUUAUGGUUUUGUUAAGCUUAAGUGUAAUCUUUAAAAGCGUUUGAUACGUGCGGGAUUUUGAGUAUACUUCUGCAUGCGAUGCUCAUGUACGACUAAAAACAAACGGCACAGCGAUUAAAAUUGCGAAAGAGACUACUAACGAUCAGCAAAAGAAAUAUAAUUCGGUGAAACAUUUACAGAGACAACAAAUUUCAUUCACGAAGACAAGUACUGAGAGUAAAGUGUCUCUCAAACUCCUGAGUUUUUAAGCACAUAUAAGCUGAAAGGGACAGGUUCACGGUUCAGCACAUGCUCAUUUAUCAAAAUGCCGUUUUUGUCCUGCCGGGACAUGCUGUAUCGUCUAUGCAAGUAAUAUGAUCAUGUCAUAAUGUUGUCAAGGAACUAAUAUGCACACUCUCCUGGCAGUCACUUGCACUUGAUCAACUUAAAUAUUUGCAAAUAGCUGCAAAUUAAUCAACCAUGGAAUAAAACCUUCGGGUCAACAAUAAAUUCAACGUUGCAUGGUAGUGUUGGCAUAAUCCACUAAUUUUUUCUGCGAUUUUAGUACUCCUCCAUCCUACUUCAGGUUACUCUGAAACACACUUCUAGUUUGAAAUACACUCUGAGAUCGCUGAGAUACAUGUGAGUGGGAUUAUUAACCGAUAGAAUUAAUAAUAAAUUGGAAAAAAAGUAACUUAAUUAAUGAGCAUGCGCUUAACCGAGAACCUGUCCUUUAAAACCUUACAGAUUUAAGCUUAUGUUUUAACCCGGCGUCCUGGUAUUUGCUAUUUUUUAAAGAUAAACGCGAGGCAAAAAAAUUUCUUUUUAAAGCCAAAAUUAAAGCUAAAUACUCUUCGGAACGUUUUCUUUCUAUUUGCGGUCAGAAAAUGUCUAAAGGCUUUUUUAAAGUUCUGUAAGCUUAUAUCAAACCUGAUCAAAUCCUACAAACGCGCAUAAAGCCGUAUAAACCAUGCUCGAUUUCAUGGAUCAAAUAAAAGAAUGACUCAGGGUUACCAGUCGGGAUGCAGGUCCUGAAAGUCAUCAAAUAAGAACGGCUUGGAAACUAAAAUUUGAUAGCAUUUUGUUUUGAAUAAGGGUAUGGGCAUGAUUUUCAGUUGAACAUGCCUAGCGAGCGUAAAAAUCGCAUCCAGUCUGAGGAUUAAUGAGAGAGGGAAAAUUUUAUAUAUUUAGGCAUGACAAAAUUCAAGGGAACAUUGGUACUUAGAAAUAACAUCUCAUAGGCAUGGAAAAAAUGGGUUCAUGCCCUCGCAGCCCAAAAUUGACCCAGCCAACCUUAGGUCCCACAUCUCUCGCCGCGUUGAUCAUUCAUUCCCAGUUUUUGCUCCUCUGGUUUGGCAUGCCGGGCAUGCCGAUGGUGAAGCCACUUUGUUUGACAUGCCCGGCAUGCCAGGCAAGACAUUGGCAUGCCCAGCGAGACUGAUUUUGAUGUUCGCGUCAGCAUCAUAUCCUGAGAAUCACAUAUAAUCGCCAAAUAUAUCUUAGGGAGCUUAAAGUUACAGGUUUCAUGCCUGGCAAUAAAUGCAGAUUAUAACAAAAAAAAGUCAUGUUUUGUCACAAUGUGUGUCACGGGAUCGACUGGCAAAACUGAGGACAGAAGCCUGGAUUUAUAAAUAAAAAGCACAACAAAACAACAUUAUUCAUGCAUAAAAUAGAAUACUUAACUUGCAAUCAAAGAUCAAUCCUUUUAUUUCAAACCGAUACUGACAUUUCUGGGUCCAGAUUUAAAUUUGAUCGGGGAAAAGCGUCUUAAACAAUAAGAUAACAAAUCUUCUCAGGAUGAACUUAUCCAUGCUUAAGUUUUAUGGCGUCGGAAUGUUUCCCGGCCAACAGCAUUAAAAGACUGGUGAAAAUUAAGCUUACCAGGUCGUUCAAGUCAAUACGAGAGUACGACGUUAAUACUGCAAAGACGUUCUGAUUUGGUGAAUUUGGACUGCCUUCUCAGAGAGAUUUUGCUUAGUUUUUCAGUGCGCUCCUUGUCGGCUAUCCGAAUCUCGCAAACUGUUUUACUCCUUGCUGACGAUAGUCCUUUGAGCAACGUCAUCUGCGUCAUCCGAAGAUACCCCGAGCACGCACGAAAUCGGCCGAAUUUCCGCAGAAGCGUUUUCGGAUGACGAUGAAUCUAGUUUGUUGUAGCGUAGCAGUUGUGGCGUCACGAUGUCGUCAUGUCUCUUCGCACUUGUUUGUCUUUUUUUUCUGCGGUGCAUGGUUGAGAUGUUGGUGAAUGCUGAACAAGAAAUGGAUUCUGCGAGAGACUGUAAGUACAAAUUUAGUAUUAAUUUGGUAAAGAAAAAGCCUGAAUAUUGAACAAAUCCCGUGAAUUAGCCUUUAGACAUUCAGUUUAUCUUGCUGUUGAGCAUGCCUAAGAACUCCGGCAAAAGUGGUUGUCAUCUCGUUCACUUCGGAUUGUUUCUGUUUGUAUGUCUUGUAAUCUUCUUCUGCUGCUAAGAAGACUAGAGAAAACUUCAAUAAUAAGAAACCAAAGCUAAAAAAAGUCAGAUCUAAUUUUAUAGCUCGAGUAUAAUUAUUUUUGGCACCUACGGUCAUAUUUUUUUCACUGUACUGGUAAAGUUACUUAUUUUUGCUGCAUAGUUUGACUGUUGUUUGAAAGACAAUCAAACGGAUAUUACAAUCACUUUUGGAGACAAAAUAAAAUAUCCGUAAAUCAAAUGCCAAAAUCAGAUUUGGAUUUCGCUUUAAAAAAAUGAACAUGCCGCGUGUGUCAGUGCAAAGUUGUAAACAACUCAAUAUAAGCAGUCUGUGAAUGUGCGUUUAGGUCCACAAAACUAAUUUUUCUUUUGGACAUCUCAUCCAAGCAAAGACUUAAUGCUUACAUUGCUUGUCUACGAGUGUACCACAAAAUGCUUUGCUACAGUAAGCCUCUGAGAGGCGAUUCUGGUAAAUUUAUAGGACGCUAAAAUGCAAAUAAUUCUAAGCUUAAACAACCUGGCUGGGUCCGACUUUUGAAUUACAAAAUGUUCACGUUUGCCGGCUCUACUUUCAAUGAACAUGGUUUUUGAAAUGAUUUUGUACUAUUUUAUGAUUAAAUUAUGAUUGGGUUAUAAAGCAUUUAAAACGGACGAAAACUAAGCUAAUAAGCAUGUUCAAUGUAAAAAACUAAGAUUUAGUCGCUUUUUCAACUUUGCUUUGUGGGCCGAAAAAUUUACCUUUACGCAAAAACAAAAGCAAACAAUGAGGCUUUUAUUCGACAUAUUUUCUGAGAAUUUUAUCUGAUCAAUUUAAUGUCACUAGCAUUAUUUUCGUAUAGGAAUUUUCCUAAUUAUAUGAGCUUUUAAUUUAAUAAUUUUGAUAUUCUAUAAACUUCUCAUUUGAUAGCCUCACUUUUCUAUACACCGAUUGAGAAACAAAUUCGCACUCGUUAAAUCCUAUUUUAUGACCUAUUUAUUAGAACACUAGGUAACAUACGAAAUGAUGUAACCGGACAGGCUUUAACCUUUGGUCCUAAUUUAUUUUUUCUUCGCAACCCCUACUCAGUUGACGGGCCGUGAGAGAAUAUCGCCACAAAAAGAUGCGAAAAAGUUUUCGCUGAGUUUCCUUUACAUAUUCCGGCUUUAUAUGGGUCUACACCUUACCUGCUUAAAAAUGAAACUGUUGUUCAAUUAAGUGUCAGUCAAACUCGGUAUAAUCUUGACUUGCAAAUCCAAAUGCAAAGGUUUAUUUCGCAGUAGAAAAGCGUGUAAAUAUCAUCGAACAGCGCAAUGUAAAUUGGCUAAUGUGAAACCACGUUUCUUUCACUUUAUUUACCAUGCAUUUAUCUCAAUUGCACACUCUUGUGAAAUUAGCCUCAGACAAUUAGUUGCGACCUUUAACAGACUCAACAAGCCAGUAUGAAAAUAUGUUAAGAGAAGCUGAGUCUACAUGUACUAUUUCUUUUUUUCAUAUUGCCCUUGCAUGUGUUAACAUUCCAUUUCUUUUUUGUUACAGGUAACUUCCAGACAUGACGAGGAGAUAAUUACUUUUCUAGAGAGCAAUUCUUUGAUACUGUCAGUUAUUACUGACUUACUUUGAGUUAAAAAGAAAGAACACAGACACUGGUAAUGACACAAAAACAUUAAUUCCCGGCAAGCCUACAAAACAAGAAAGAGGAACUCAGACUUUCUAACAGCUUUUCUAACGUAGGGAAAAUUGCGUUAGAGAGAUUUGUAAUUGCAACGUUAUAUUCAAGCACAUUGCAUUGUCAAACGUCAUAAUCUACGGAAUAAUGAACAGUGAUUUUGGGGCUUAGCUCAGUUUGUAAUGAACUUUGAAAGAUAUUCUGUAACCUUGUAUUUUUAAAAGCUUUCAUGGAACAUAGAUGCAUUUUAUUAUACAAUGAAAAUGGUCUCUGUCUCUUUUUUUACUGAUUUCAGUCAAUUCCAUUUUAUUCGCAAUGUGAAAUGGGAAUCCUAUUAAAGACUCAUUAAAAGGGGUGAGGAGUUUUUACAAUCCCCCAACAGGUCAUCUCCACGAUGACGCUGUUUUAUUACUACGGACGAAUCCCUCAGGGUUUUACUUGCUUGUGAAAAUUAGAGCUUUUGUUAUUUAAAGUUCUCUGGGACAACCAAAUCUAUGAAAAUGAAAGGAAUAGCAAUGACGUCAUCGUGUAACCGUACAUCAAAAGAUAAGCACUGUGAUCUGUUUAGUUUUGUUUUUUGUUUUUAGCCAGGCUUAAAAUAUCUGUAGAUUCAAGGAAUUAUAACCUGUGCGUUGAGAGCAUGCCAGAGACCAAUUUUGGCAUGCCCGGCAUGACCCAGAUUAUGGCACGCCCGGCAUUCCAGAGAAUUUAGCAUGCCGGGCAUGUCAGAAAAUUUGGCAUGCCCGGCAUGCCGGAGAUUUUGCUGGGUAUGAAUUACUUAUUACUAGAACCUAGGCUUCUCGCGGCCUGGGUGAGAAGGUCAUAGAACCUCAAAUUAUGCUUACAGGGCAUGCGAAUUUCUGUUGCAUGCCAAUUUCAAUGCAAAACCACUCUGGGGCCACCCCCUCUAUUACCAGUGAGCAAAUCAUUGACAAUAGGCAUGCGAAAAAUCCUUGCAUGCUAACCAACAAUGAAAACAUAGCAGAAAUGUCCUCAAUUGCUGAGUCAUGCCCUAGGGGAGGCUUUAAAAUACAGAAUUUCCUGACAUGGAUGAGGGAAUUUUCCGUAAACAGCAUGUGAUCAUGCCGGCUAGGACGUAUUGCCUCCGUAUUGCCCCUUUUUACAGCUAGCUAGGCUCAUUUUUAGGUUCCAUGGCCUGAAAUGACGAAAAAUUCAUGCCCUAAAUGUAAAAAGUCCAAAAACAUCCUCGAAAUUUUAGUUUCCAAGCCGUUUAAGGCAAGAACUUUUCAACUUUCUUACGCAUCAAGCAAGGUGAAGUGAGUAAGCUCAUUUUUUGAAAACGAUGCUUUCCUAAAUCGGAUUUCCGACAAGCGGCGCAUUUCUGAACCAAAAACUUAAUAAACAAACCAGCCGUGAAUAACAAAAUAUUCUUGGUAGCAGCUGUGUCUCAUUUUCUAUAUCCAGUGGAAAAAGACAGUUAAAAACCACCACAAUAUGAUACAAAACUCUGUCAGCUUCAGGUUUCCAGAUGCUGCAUAUAAUUUGCGCAUGAACUCACCUGUCAAAUUUUGACCAAUCAGAGCAUACUAUAAUAUAGAUUUAGCCAGGGCUAAAAGCGAAGCUCUCGGUAGUCAAAUAUCUAUAGUUUACUCAAAUAAAAUGGAAAAUCGUGUAAUGCUUAGCAAGGAAGCAACGAAAUGCCAAAAAAAAAAAAUCAGUGGGUCUAAUAAGCAAAAAAAAAACUUUGAACGUGCAGCACACUUUUUUGUACAUUUCUUUGCCGUUUUUUUGCACGACUACAACAAGAAACUGCCAGAAACAUCCUAGUUACACGUUUUAUGUGUUCCUGUCCACUUUUUUUUUCGCUGCCGCCCAUUUUCACCUUGGUGGCCGCUAGCAUUUCCCCAUGUUUCUCACCGCCACUAUAAAAUUUUCAUAUUUUUCUUUCAACGAAAUUGGUCUCCUUUGUUUUUUUCUCUCGCUCUAGCUCUUUCUUCGUUAUUCACGUCAAUGUAAACAUUAAAAUUAAGUCGAAAGAAAGAGUCGGUUUUGUUAUUGUUGUUUUUAUCUCUAAAAGCCCGGGAAGCUUUGCGAUUUACCGCCGAAACGCGCAGGUGCUUGAAAUGCAAAAUUUCAUUCCUGCUUACAUGAAGGGGUGGACGUACGGACGAUUUUCUCAGAACCAAAAUUUCUUUGAUGCAUAGGUUACCAAAUUUUCUUACCCAUGGUGCUCUGUUGCGCGCGAGAGAGCGCGCGAGAGCUCCGCUAUAAAGUUUACGAUACUUUAUGUCCCGCAAAUAGCUAUUAUGCUAAUCUAGGCAGGACAAAUUGUAUAUAAAGGCGGUAUUAAAUUACAUAAGAGAAAAGGAAAAGAAAAGAAAUACAAUAAGAUACAGAAAGAAACACCUUACAUGUAAAUUCAAGCACAGGGAUUUUGUUAUUUCAAAGAAGACUAAAAUUACAACUGAAGGUAUAUAUAACUAAUUACGUACAAUGCAUCAGGUUGAAAGCGUAAAUUGUGAAAAUGGAUCUGUAUAAAAUUUUGGGAAACUGCUGGCCCUCCUACCCGUAUCUGCAGGUUGUCUAAAAACUGAGGCCAUUAUUCAAUGUUCAAUUUUCAGUUUUAAAAGCGGCGGUUGCGGUGUCUCACUGGAUAAACUUUCUAGCGAAAUUACAAUCAAAGUAACAGGUGAUCCCUUUUGUUUUUGUUUUCCGGCAGUCGUAGCGUUUUGCCAAUUUUUAACUUGUCUCUAAGUGAAUAUGACAUAAAAUUUUUAAAACUGAUUUUGGUUCUAAGAUAAGUUUGAUUAACAAUUCUGAACUGUGUAAAUGCGUCUCCCCCCCAAAAUUAGUGAAUUUUGGCCGUCCAAAAACUGCUUUUUUCUCUCGAGAAAUGUCCUAGAGACUCGAAUCGAGUAAAAGUCUGAUGAAGCCUUCGCUUUUGAUUUUGGUCAUUGUUUUGCCUUUUGAGGAAUAAAGCGGUGUAUUUGACAGUAAGAAGAGUGUAGCGAAGCAAAUGAGGAUUCUGAAGAUGAUUGGGGAGUUUUUGACAACGAAAAUCUUUCGUAUUUGCCGCCAUCAUGUUAAUUAUUCUACAUUCUUGCUAAUCAUUCUUUGUCAUACUUGUCAAUUUGGCUGCGCGAUAGGGCGGACAUUUGCGUUAAAGACGCAAAAGGACAUAAGACUUAAUCGCAAAAUAUUUACAUAAUUAUCAUGGUUAAUUGGAAUUUUCCAUAAAACAUAUCAGCAUAUAUCAAGAGCUAACUGGCUCCAAUUUAUCAAUAGAGCUUCAAGCUAUGUUGUUAUGGUUUAAUAAAAGUGAAAGCCUAGAAUGUACCGAAGUUGUUGUUUCAAACUUAGAUGAAAUUAAUUAGCCAUCCUUUUCUCAUGAAAUCAAUUUUAAAUCUCAAAAAUCAUUUAAAAUCGCGUAGAAACAAUAGCCACAUUCCACAAAAGAAAAACGAAUUCGCCUCGUUGGCAUUUCCCGAAAGGUACUCGUAGUUUAUACUAUUAUGUUUAAACAAAAAAAAUGAAUAUAAUAUAUAAAGUAAGAAGCGAGGAAAAUCAAAAUAAUUUACAGUAACGUAUUACGAGAAGUUUCAAUUUGAAGCUGAGCGCUGGUUAGGGGGAAGAAGGUUAUUGGGAUUCGAGGAGAAGUACUCAGAAAGUUUGGUCAGUUCGACAGUCCUGGGGUAGUCUUCUUUAUUAAACGACGGGCGUGUUUGGAGGGAGAAAUGAUCGCAUCUGUGUGGACAAAGAACUUGACAAACCAUUGUUUGCUGUCAACAGGACAGCAGUAAUUCAUUGACUGCGUUUUCGAUGAACAAUCGUCUCCAUGAAGCAAGACGCAAACAAUUUCUUCACACUUCCGUUGUUGAAUUGGCCACGAAGGCAGACAUAAUCAUGAAAAACAGGGGCUUAGCAAGGAUUUUUUCAGACGUUUGCACAAUUUUCGAAAUUGCUUUAAUUUUGCCUCACUAAAAAGCAGUCAAAAACUUAUUUAACUCUCGACUCGCGGACACUUCGCUACGCAAACUGAGUAGUUAAAUUCCCAAUACAGGUCAUGUUCUCAUUGUACCGGAUAGCUUUUGCGCCGCCACGAGAAUCAUAUCGGAUAUAUAUGUAAAAAUUUUGUGCGCUAUAUAAUAUAUAUAUUAUAUAUAUCUUUUAUUUAUUCAUUUAUUUUGGUAUUUAUCAAUUCAGUUGAUAUAGAGAAGGUUCACAUUAACAUUUCGCUGCCAUUUUAACAAACCUGCUUUAUCAAAUAAAGUGUGUAUGUAUAGGGUUUUUGCUCACUAUAAAAACUGUUGUGGCGGCGCAAUUUCUGUGACGGAGCAAAGCUGCGCCGCGCCGAUCUCUCUGAAAUGAAGAGUUACAUAUCGAAGAGGUGUUCACACUAUAUCAGAUAGCUUCUGCGCCGCCACGAAAAUCAUAUCAGAUUGGGCUACUGUUCACACAUAAGAACUGUUGUGGCGGCGCGAUUUCUGUGACGGAGCGAAGCUGCACCGCGGCGAUGUCUAAAGUGGAGAGUGAAAUAUCGAAUAGGUGUGUGUACUAUAUCGGAUAGCUUUUCGCGGGGCCACGAGAAUCAUCUCAGAUUGAACUUCUGUUCACAGAUAAAAACUGUUGUGGCGGCGCGAUUUCUGUGACGGAGCAAAAAUGCGCCGCGCCGAUCUCUAAAGUGGAGGGUCAAAUAUCGAAGAGAUCUUUAUACUAUACCGGAUAGCUUUUGGGCCGCCGCGAAAAUCAUAUCGGAUUGGGCUUUUGUUCACACAUAAAAACUGUUGUGGCACUGCCAUUUCUGUGACGGAGCAAAGCUGCGUCGCGCCGAUGUCUAAAGUGGAGAGUGAAAUAUCGGAUAGCUGCUGACACUAUAUCGGAUGGCAUUUCGUUGUUCCACGAAAAGCUAUUCGAUAUAGCGUGAACACAGCCUUAAAUUAAAGAGGGUUGAUUGCAAAAAAUCUGCAGUCAUAAACGGUUCCCGCCGUUACAAAUUUCUUCUUUCUGCCCUGAGAUCAAAUGCCAUUGUUCUAACUCUCAUUUGUUCCAGAAAAAUACCGCGAUUUACAAAAGUAUCGAGAAAAGGAGGUCAGAGGAGCGUUAGACGUACUUAAGGAAGCUACUGUUUGGUAGUCACUCAAGCAAAUCAUUUCAGUGAGUUUCGUCGGACCAACUGCUUAAUUCCCAAUUCCCAAUUCCCAAUAGCUUGAAAAGGCUAUAUGCUACCCAUUUUUUAUCAUUAUUUUGACAUUUCUUUUGAAUUUAAAGCGUCAUCUGAAUAUUUUCCUAGCCAAUCCGGGCGGGGAAUUUAAAACUGAAUUAAACUGUCUUGGUUUCAAUAUUAGCUUGAAAUCUCAUAGGUUUACCCAUAUCAUAUUAACUCGAAUAAGCUCUACCCCCGAUUUCCCGGAAAGAUCCACCCCGAAUUAGCGCCGCCCUCAAAUAAGAGCCGCAUUUGAGGCGUGAAAAAUUUAAUAAGCACUGCGCCUCUUAUUCCAGUAAAUUUACGAUAAGCUACCUUGAGUCUCCUUGGUCACUGCACCUUGUUCUCGGUCAUGUGAAAAAUUCAAAAUAAUCUGAACAGAGUCAGACAGUUAAAAUGAUAAGUUUAUUGAUUAUGUUUUACUUUACAUACAUACAAACAUAAUUUGUUCAAGGCGCAUUAAAAUAUAUACAAGGUUUAAAAGUUAAAAAACGACAUCUUGAAAGGGGAGUUAUGAGGUUAUUGCGAUGUUAAAAGUCCCCAAAAUAAUAAGUAAAUAGAUAAAAAGAUAAGAAUAUCAUAAUAACAGCUACAUUACUAGAAAAAGGUAAUUGUUAGUUAAACAUUGAGAUAUCGUUUUACGCUUGGAUUUAAAUAAAUGAAGACUAUCAGCUUCAACUAUGUCUUUGGGUAAAUCGUUCCAAAGCUUGGCUAUUCUAGUGAAAAAAGAAUGUUUAUAACAAUUUAGUCUUGCUGAUUUGACAUAAAGUUUAUAAGAAUGAUUUGCUGUUGUAGAUUUAUUAGCAGUGAAAUUAAAAAAAAAUUUAAGAUAAUUUUAACAAAAGACACCUUGUAACAUUCGACCAAAGAUAAAUAAGUUCUAUGAUCAGAUAUCGACGCUUCUCUAUACAAAUAUCCAUCGCCAGGUAAGGGCUCCAGACUGGUGCUGCAUAUUCCAAGAUUGACCAUGCGGGAGAUUUGUACACCAUAGAAAAUAUAGUUACAUUUCCAGUUCCAGCGGAACGUUUAAUAACACCUAAUACUUUGUUUGAUAUAUUGGCAAUCAUAAUCACUGUAUAACUAUUUACACAAUAUUGCGACCUCUUAUCGAUAAACGAGGUCGAUUUAUAUGGCACAACUUUAACGCAUGACCAAGGCUAUUGCAGAAAAACCAGCAAUAAAUGGAAAAAAAAAUAUCGCCCGAUUCAUAGGACCGCUCUACUAGCAAACAAGAAUACGGGAUUUUACUACCAUAUUAUUAUUCGGGCGUCGCCCAAAUAGAGUAAUCGAGUUCGCUUGUUUUGAUUCAAAGUUGCAAUAGGCACUUAAUACGUGCGAAAGUAAACGAGCUAAGUAAACAAGCCAAGCGAGCAAAUGUCUGCCACGCGCUGUGUCACAACACAACAUUUAUCAUCGGUACAUACGUCCCACAGAUAACGCACGGCAAACAAAUCGGCAAUAGAAAACAAACUUUUUGGAAAAACAAGUUACACUGAGUGAAACAAACUAUUAAAUAAUUUAAAUUUUCCCUUUGGAAAAUGAUCGUCCUCACAGCACACGGUGUGAAUGGUUUGGCUUAUUGCCAAGAGUUUGACAAUAUUUUUGCUCUCAGUUAUUGAGCGCCAAAGAAUAUGCCACGCAAAAUUCCAGGAUCUCGUGCAUGAGACAAUCAAGGGUAACACUUAAUGAUGCAUAAUUUCAUUGCAUAUUUUCGGAAAGGAGGUAAUUUCUUAAAAUCUUAUUGAGCAAAAUGACCUCGUAAACAAGUUGCAUUCUUUCACCGUAGAAACCGUAAAAGAGGCAGAGUCCAACAUCUUAAUAAAGUGUAAGCCGCGUUCUAUUUUUAAAACCUUUGGGUUAAUUAGAUUAAGUCGUAUUCUCUCGUACACGUACCAACACGAACCACGAAGGCGGUAAAUUCCAAAGCUUUCACGUGUAAGCUGCGUGACAAUACAACUCACAGUAAUAAGGGUCUGAUCACAUGAGCCGGGGAAGCAAUGCGCAUGAACAGAGUGUGACCCGCUGUCCUGUUUUUCGCUUGGUUCAUUCGCCGGGCCGCCCAGCAAGCGUAAUUACUUGGAAAAUUUCCACCCGGGAUCCCGGCAUCACAAAACUGGGAUCCCAGCUAACCGGGCUGGCUCGGUUGUCAUGUAUUCGCAAAGUUGAUUUUUGUUGCGUUUAACUAAGGUGACGGGUUUUCUGCAAAGCAAGCCGGCACGGCUCAUGUAAUCAGGCCCUUAGUUCUAUAGCCAGCGUUUACGCCCUCCCCUUGACCUCACCUAUUUUUCAAAGCCCCCGAGUGCGAGCACACGCACAAAAUUUCAACCCCCCUCUUCAACAUCUUCAUACCCCCUCUGUAUAUUAAAUGAACGUUUUUUUUUUUUUUCAAAACAGAAAGCCUAACAACGUUAAAAAUAAGUGCAAGUAUGUUUUCGACUAUUGUUAAAAAAUUUUACAUAAGUACCUCUUCAUUUCAACACACUGUAACAACACUCUUCUUCAUAACAAGAAUAGCACUUCCACAACUACCUCACUGCAAACUUAAAAUCACUUUUACCUCUUAAAAUAAUUUUUUGUUACUUCAUAUUAAAUUCUACGAGAAACAAGUUUCACGGAUUAACAAACUACAGCCAUUAUCUUACCGAUUCACGUACAAUAUAACUAAACGCCUUCCACUUCACUUAUCUUAACGAACCCUUAAAAUAUGCAACGCUACUGCACUACUCGCACAUUCCUAAUAUACGUAAAAAACUUCACACACGCCUAGUGCAUCGACGCCCAAAUGUACGCUCCACAGCGUCUUGUUUGCUAUAAAAACAAAAUUGUAUUGAAAAUCGUAUGUUCUCACGCGAACAGUGGGGAGAAAGUAAUACAGUAGAUAUUUUUUGUAGGUUGUGAAAGCACAUACUACCGCGAGAAAAAGUAGUAUUGAUAAAAAGGAAAAUCAACAUAGAAUAAUGACUUUUCCUGGAAGAAGUUUAAGCUUCACGUAUACGGCAAACGUUAGAUUUAAGUUAAGAAUUUCUCAACAUAUAAAAAAUAAUCGGAUAAAAACAAAUCUUAUGGAUAAAAAAUUACGUGAAACAACUAAUUUAUGGGUAGAAAUCAUCGGAACAGUAACUGAUAAGUAAUGGGUAUACUUGGUCACGUGGUACAAAUUGACGUUAACGUGAUGCUUUACCUCUGAUUUUUCGUGGGGCCUUAAGGAAACACUUAUCAAUACUUAAAGCGGCUGCAGUGUCACCGUUGUCUAGUUCAUUUUGUUAUUAUUGCCAUUUGCCCCUCCUUAUUUGCAACGAAACUUAGCGUUAACGAAAAAAUUACUUGUAAACGACAAAAUCACAGCUUCUUGACAAACAAAUUUUACUUCCCAAGCAUUAUAUCAAACGUUACCAACAACAAAAUUGAACUUGUAGGCUAAAACUGUAGGCUAACAAGUUUUUCAAAACCUACAAUUUCAAUCCGUUUUAAACUACUUCAAGUUUAUCUAUCUGUGCAUACUUUUGUAUUUGCUAUACGUUCUUGUGAUAUAAGGAGUGAAGGUUUUUGUGUUUCACUCAAUUUGGUAGAAAAAACCGUGACAACAGUGGCGGAUCCAGGGGAGAAGCCCGGGAGGCCCGCCACCCCCCCUUCGCUUAUUUUUAGACCAAAAUGAAGGGCGGAAAAAAAUUUUUUUCAAGGCCUGCCCCCCUCCCGCCUUAUCUGAGGAUCUGGAUGACCGUCCCCCCCUCCCUUAUCUGAAUGUGCUCCCCACCUAUUAUUCUACAUUAGGAUUAAUUUGAGCAUUAUCAACACCUUUCCCGCAAAAAUGUUUUAGUAAAAAUACACGGAAAUCCUUCAUCUGAACCAGAUAUACGAAGAAGUUUAUAGCAGUGCUAAAAAAAACUAGCAGAAAACAAAAAUGUGUUAUCACAAAAUCUUCCUGGAAAUCUAGCGAAGGUUUAGCUACCGCAACAAAGGCUGCGUAAUACAAUAUUGAUGAAUAAGGAAUAACGAAGGCUAUGGUAACAGUAACAAGUAAACUAGUUUUUUUGAUUAUUUGUGACCUCAUCUUCACCCUAAUGGCGUUAUCUCGUUGUAUAUCGACCCUUUUUUUGCUUCCUUUCCAUACCGUUCUGGCUAUGAUGAUGUUCAUACAAAUCAAAGCAAUGCUUGGUAUGACGUGCUGUAUCAGUGCAAAGCCUACUAUAAUUACUCUGGUAGGUAGAUAACUGGUAUCGGGUUUACAGACCAUUGUGUAAUGUGUAGCAUUAAUGUCGUAUCUUACACCAUUUACUGUUGCUGCUGGAAACAACCCCAUUAAAAACCCUGAAAGCCACGCUGCAUACACUAAUUUACGGACAGUGGAACCACUGAACGUUUUAGGAACAUCACGGGUUGAAAGAAACCUCUCGGUGCUUAUAAAAAUUAAAUUGUUUGCUGUUAUAUAGUAAAACAUACCACUAAUACAUCGACUUAUUUUACAAGGCCAGCCAUUUUGAAAUACAUCAUACAUUAGUUCUAUACAAACUAAAACACCUCUAAUUAAAGAAGAGAGUAUCUCUGAAAGAGCUUAACUCCUCAUGUACAGAUUGAAGUUUCUUAGGAAAGGAGAAAACUGCAGGAAAGGAACUGACUUUUUCUUGGAAAGAAAAUACAGAAUUAGGAUGUUGCCCACCAAUCCGAUGACUCCAAAAAUUGCAAACAGUACAACAAAAACGAGUUUUAUGCUGAAAUCUGCUGGCGCGAACACGUAAACUAAAGAAGUAAUAGCUACAGCUGUGCUGUUGAUAACGGAGGACUGAUUAUCAAUGGAAUUCGGGUUGGACAAAAGUUGCGAAGAAGGUUCCAUCUGCAAGUAAAAUCAGAAAUAAAAAUGAAUUUCUAAAACAAAUUCUGGUUAAUGGUUUUUCCUUUAGGCUUCCUCGACUUCUUCGAAUAUCAUAAUUUUAGUCAAUUUAACCAAUGUGCCCUGCACAUAUUGUCGCGAAACGCCAUUUAAAGUUAGUCAAGCCGUUUUCUGGUCAGGCUUCUUCUACGACUUUUUCUGAGGGGUGGGGAGGGGGCGGCUGUAGACAGGCUAGUCAAUAUUUGGUCAGAAAGAACUAGAACUGCCUAAGGUUUGGUUUCAAAAACGCAACGUGUAAACGCUUAUUUUUGGAAACGGAGAAAAAUCUAGAAAUGCAAACACCAGAAGUCGCCCAUUCUGUCACAGAGCAAUUCGUCGUGAAAAAUUUACCGUUACCGUCUUUUGGUCAAUCGGUUUUUCUGAAGUUUUUUUAGGCCCCACUUAGAGAGCAUAAUAUUAUGAUCUCUAUUAUGAUCACACUCGUUUUUAGGUAGAAUGAAAGCACUUCGUUUUCUUCACAAAACUUCUCAGUUUUUACUGUUAUAUUUCUAACCGUUAAAAAUUCAUCUUAAAAUAUCCCGAUAUCGCUUGCAAAAAAUUUGGUCAAACUUGAGGAACAUCGAUGCGGCUUCUACGGGGACAAGCUUUCGUGUCCGAUUCCAAGAAAUACGACCGCACUAAAAUAGAUCAUAAUACCAUUAUGUUUUUAUGACAACUAUGAUGUAAAUCAAACACUGGUCAUAACAAAUCAAAGUCAUCUUUCUCUAAUACAGCUGUGGACCCAGUUGGCCAGAUUUUUUCUGAACGGCGAUGCCGCUAAUUCUCAGACUUUGUGAGGCACUGCCACCAAUUGAAAACUGUGAAAAUCCACUCAAGCCACCUUAAACCCCAUUUUUGUACUACGAAUAUUUUCAUAAGUAUUAUUUACCCAGAUUUUAGGUUUGAUUAUCACGAGUAUUGCAAUUUUGGUUAAUUUAAAUGGGGUUGUCAAAAAACAAGUGCCUACUGUACCUUUCUUGUCAAUAAAAGUGAAGCACGCGUUGGUUAUGCCUGAUCAACUCUGCACUUUGCGGUCAGCAAAAAACGUACUGUGUGAUAAGAAACAAAUUAUUAGCUAACUAGCUAAAUGUGCAAAGAUCCAAUUAUUUUCAAAUGUUCAUAACCAUUUUAUUUUUACUCCACUGACCUUAGUUGCAAGUGUGAAAAAGUCGUUCUUAAUGCGCAAAUUUCUAAAAGACCCCGUCUUUUAAACUCGUCACUGCCACAAAUGAGGGGAACGCUGAGGCGGAAAAAAGACAAAACAAGAUUGGUAUUAUUUCCUCACCAAGUGAAGAUAGAAAAUGCACUGAAAUCAAUAAAGACGGUAACAGAAUUGGAACUUACCGAUCGUAAUGUUAGCAAGUCUCUUCUAAGCUCAAACUGGAGCUACAUACUGUUACUUGUAUGCUGCUCCCACAAGAAUGCAUCUACAGCCAGUGAUGUGAACACAGGCUGCGGUUGGCAAUUUCUACUGCAUAACUUACAUUUUCUAUUGUAUGUUCACCUCGAGGAGUUUUCAUUGUAACUUAGUUUCCUGCCGCCAAAAUAGAAAGCCAGAUAUGCAUAACUGUUUGUUGCACAAAACCGUGAUGAAUCUAUUUUUGUUACUGGUUUAAUUUUGUUUUAUGUUAUCUGGCAGUACUUUCACAGCUGUUUUAGUCACGUAGCGUUUGUGGGUACUUUUUCAGUGGGGUCAUACGUGGUUUUUUAUUUCCAUUGAAAGCGUAAAUUAUAAAAAUAAAUUAUAUAAAAAUUCUGGGAAACUACCGGACCUCCCUUCUACCUCGUUUCUGCAGGGAAUGUCUAAAAAGAGUCCAUUCUUCAGUUUUCAAUUUUAAAAGCGUUGUGUCUCACUGAAUAAACUUUCUGGGGAAAUAACAAACAAAGUAACAGGUGAUCACCUUUGUUAAUGUUUUCCUGCAGUCGUAGCGUUUUGCCACCUUUUAAUCUUACUCUGUAUAUAACAUGAAACAUUUUAGUUUCAUUUUAGUUCUAAGAUAAGUUUGAUUAACAGUUCUAAACUUUGUAAAUGCGUCUUCCAUAUAAUUUCAUGAAUUGUGGCCGUCCAAGAACUGCUUUUUCCCCUUAAGAAAUGUCCUAGAGACUCGGAACUAGUGAAAGAAAGUCUCAUGACGUAAUUUGACGUCAAAGCCUUUGCUUCUGAUUCUGGUCAUUGUUUUGCCUUUUGUGGAAUAAACGGUGUAUUUGACAGUAAGAAGAGUGUAGCGAAGCAAAUGAGGAUUCUGAAAACGAUUGGGGAGUUUUCGACAACGGCCAUCCUUCGUACUUCCCGCCAUCAUUUCAAUUAUUCUACAUUCUUGCUAGUCAUUCUGUCAUACUUGUCAAUUUGGCUCCACGAUAGGGCGGACAUUUGCGUUGAAGACAAAAAAGGACAUAAAAAUUCAACACACGAAAAAUAUUUACAUAGUAAUCAUGGUUAAUCUAUUCUGUUAUGUUUAAACGAAAGAAAAAAAUACAAUAUAAAAAGCAAAAAGCAAGGAAAAUCAAAAUAAUUUACAGUAAUGUAUAACUAGAAGUUUUAAUUUGAGAGUGAGCGCUGGCGUGGGGCGAAAGAAGUUAUUGGUAUAGAGGAGAGGUACGCAGAAAAUUUGGUCAGUUCCAGAGUCCCGGGGUAGUCUCCUUUAUUAAAAAGACGGGGAUGUUUGGAGGGGUGACUGUUCGAAGCUGUGUGGACAAACAACUCGGCAUACCAUUGUUUGCUGUUAGACGGAGUUUUCAAUGAUCAAAUCAUCUCCAUGAAGUAAGACGCUAACAAUUUCGUCACACCUCCAUUGGUGAAUUGGCCACGACUUGUCGCUUAGUAAGGCAGACAAAAUCAUGAAAAGUUGCCUGGACAACGGUGACGCCAAUGAAAAUGUGGCUGAAAAUUAGGCUUUGCAUCCUUUCCAAACCUUUUCAUGAUUAUUCCAAGUUGCCCAGUUGCUUAAAAGGGAAAGUAGGUUGGGGCUGAAGAGAGGGGACCAUGACCGAGCUCAGACAGAGAUUGUAGUAAAUUUACCGAAGUUGCUGUUCCCAUUCUCAAGCAGAAAGCAGUUGUAAACUUAGUAUUCAGUCAUUUCACGUUGUAGUUUGGCAACGGUGGCCAAAGAAAUUUAUAAAAAAAAGCAUGGUGCUUGUGCAAAGUUGUUGUUUUGCUCAUUAACCCUUUAAGCCUCCUUGUAAUAUCAAUGCUUUGUAAAACAGAGUGGUCAUGAGAAUUGCGAACAUAGCCUUAGUAUCAGGCGUUUCUGGGGGAAAGGGGAAAGAUGGAAGCGAAAAAGGGAGAGAGCUGAAGGAGAGAAACACCUUACGCAGAUGCUUUUAAUUUUCGGAGGGAGAGAAGCGACGACCGGAAAUACGUCUGCGCUUCGCAGGCUAUCCCCACACAGCAUGAUUCGAUACCAUCCAAUCAAAAUCACUUCCGGCCAUUGGGUUGUCAGCUUUACGGUCUGGCUGAGCUCCGGGUGCUUGUGUUGCUACGAUUUCGCUUUUUUUCUGAAACCUCCAAUGAGGAGUUUUUGAAUACUUGUAAUGGAAAACCUGCGGUUUUUGAGGAAUUAUAACAUGUUUUAGGAAUUGUGCUAGUGUAAGAUCGCCAACGCUCUGUUUGUAAAUAAACGUGUGCCCGGAAAUUGUAAAUUGCUUCUUCCCCUUCCCCCCCUCCCCCAUCUAAAAUCUCCUCUCUCCUAACCCCUUAGGAAGGCCUGAUACUCAGGUUAUUGCGAACAUGAUCACACAAGAUAAAUUUGCUUGAUAUUUCGUCAACUUCUACCCACUACUUCAAUGGUAAAUGAAUAGGGACAAUAAAUGAGAAUUCAGAUUGUGAUCUUAGGGUUUAAAGGGUUAGAAAGGGUAUCUGACUGGAAUUUAUGUGUGUUGUCCUCAGUCUUAAACAAGGUUUACAAAAUAUGGCGUGUUAUCUCAAUUGCUGGUUUUCAGUGUCACGCUAUUCAAAAUAGAUCAAAAUAAGAAUCAAAACCGUUCAAUAGAUAAAGUCAAGAAUGUGGGAAAUGAAAGGAGGUACAUAUACAAAGACCCUCGCCAACAUUCAGGUCAGAGAAAUAUUUCGUAUACGAUAUAUCCGAAGAAAUGUUUUACCCAAACUUACAGAGAUUUCAUGGAGAUUUGUAUGGAGACGCCAUGCUGGUGCUCUCCUGGAUGAGCUCCAGCAUGGCGGACGGAAACCAACAGAAACAUCUGUUACCGAGUUUUGCUACAAAAGCGUGAAUUUAUUCUUCGAGAAACUCAUAAACACUAAACUAAUACUUUUUCAGAUUCAUGAACUGUUUGGAUAGCAAAAUUUCCUGAAAUAAGUCAUUUUUUUAACCUACAUGACAGCUUUCUUGGCCGUCAUGUAAAUGCCGCGUCACGCAAAAGCUAAGAAAUUCAAGCGUACUCUAUCACAAAACCAAGAACCCUUUUGAAGCGAAAAUUAGUUUUCAGGUGCACUAAUGCAUCGUGAAAGUAAAAUCUCGGUAGGAUCGAUAGUUUUUUAGUUUGAAUUUUAGUGACAUCAUGUGAAAACCAACAACUGGCUGCACAAAUGCAAAGACUUUCUUUACCACCGUUUUCGUUGAUACGCGACUUUCGAAAACAAAACACCCGAGGAAACGUUUCCAAAAUUUCCGUCAAUCAUGCAUGUUAUCGACAGAUCGGAUCGAAAUCCACCAAUCACAACCACUAGUGUGACCUUCUGACCUUCUUUACGUCAUGCUAGCGGGCUGUGAUUGGUGGAUUUUGAUCCGAUCUGUCGAUAACAUGCAUGAUUGAUGGCAAUUUUGGAAACGUUUCCGCGGGUGUUUUGUUUUCGUAAGUCGCAUAUCAACGAAAACGGUGGUAAACAGUGCCGCCAUCCCAUCCGCCCCAUCCAGGUUUCCUUUAAGUUCCCCCCCUCCAAAAAAAAAAAAGACACUCAAAUGAAAAUUGUGGUUGUUUAUUUUUGAGGAGGCAUUCGUAUUAACAUGGUCAUUAACAUGGUUUUUGGACGACAAAAUCACUGAGUGAAAAACUGUGGUUGUCACGAGCAGUUGUUGUUCAUAGUCGGGCGUCCUCUAGUCAUCAUAAAAGUGCAAGCUGCUCAGACACACCAUAAAAAAAAAAACAAAGCAAAAUAAAACAAUUUUUAAGGAGGAAAAAAAUCUGUCGUAUUUAUUUCGCAACUCUUUAAUAGAUGAAAAACAGACAUUGUAUAAAAUAAAGCAAGUGUGUAAAUAAAGGUGUCUCCCUUAUGGCUAAACAUCUUUCUCGGCUCAAGAUGCAGUGAAAGGCACUUUUUAGAGCCCCAAAGGUGAACAUUUUCCCUCAGGAGGUCCCCUCACUCAUCCAAUGAAAUGGAGAUUCCUCUCUCCAUACCUUCCCCCGCAUACGAACACCUUUCGAGCUAAUCUAUUGCCGCCAACCUAAUGUUUUCUCCUUCUUCUUUAAAUUUUCUGGAGAACCCUGAAAAACGGCGAAAAGAUUGUCAGGCAGAGUUCUCGACCCCGUUAGAAAGUAGCAGCUCAGAAGGUUCAUUUGAAUUACCACAAUUUAUCAGACAUUUUGGUAACGAUAUCAAACAUAGACUUGCAGUUCAUGACUAACUUUUAGACUGAUUUUAUGCUGAAAUCUCUAAAACUUAUUUCUACCUUCAGGACAAUUCGGAAGAGUCAGCGUUGAGUUUGGAGGAUCGUUAUUUCAUGUCUGUGCUACUGGAACCCAGAAGUUUGUUCCUCUUAACAGAAGAUCUUUAUCAUAAUUUCUUGCACGGUAUCGCCGAGAGGACUAGUGAUGAAGUGACUGAUCGCGUGGCAAAUCUGGACACUUGUCACCCUUCGGUAGGUGACAUAUUGCUUCGAAAGACAAGGAUUUCGCUCACUAUCAGAAAUGUGCCAAAGAUUCUGAAGUUUAAGCUUAAUCUGGGAAGAUAAAGCGGAUUAUGGAAUUUGAAUUUGCCUUCAUUGAAAGGUCACAGCCUCCUUGCUACAAUGGGUACCCCGUGAGCAGCGACAGUUCAUCUAAGUGAUGGAUACAAUGGAAAGCCUCUCUCCUCCAAAGAGACUCCCGCUGCGUAUUGCAGCGAGAAUAGAAACAAUUGAAAAACAAUAAGGGCGGGGUCCGUCUUUUUUCUCUUCCCAUCAAACCUUGCGCACUUUUUGUUUCCUCUCCCCAACCUCCCUACGAAGGCUACGACAGAAAGAAGCCUGUGCGGAGGAUAGAAAUGGAACCCUCAACGCCAAUGGUCCUUCCUGUUACAGGAAAGUAGGGUAAUAAGGUCUGAUGUAGAGUGUCACGAUGGAACUCCAGCUAAGUGUUAAUCAAAGAAAUGGUCACACUUAAAAGGAGAAGAGAUCUAGAUCUUUGAUAACAGCCUGUUCCAUGACCAGGCGUUCAGGUGGUGGGAGAGUCGAAUAGCGUACCAACGCAGACGUAUUUCCGGUGGUUGACGACCGGAAAUACAUCUGCUUUCGCAGCGUUAGAGUCGCGUAAUGCGAAGAAAAAGAUGACUAUUUUUUUUCAUCGCGCCGCUUAACUUUGCGCUGCUACGCCGCUGUCUGAACGCUUAGAACAAGGUAAAUAAUCUAUUCUCUCUUGAGGGCGUAGAAUGUUUUAAGAUCUGGUGAAAUGCCCACUUAGAAGUAAGUUGAGCUAAGUACAUACCGUAGUCGAAACGUCGCGAUCUUUUAGUGAAUGAAAAAUUUAGUUUAUUUAUCAGUCGUCAGUACGCUCUAGUUAUGGAGUUUGAAAACGUCGUUGUAGAGGGAAAAAACCGAGAAAACAGGAAUAGAACCAACAACAAAGAGUGCUUUCGCCUCUUAAACUAGAUUGUAAUUUGCCGUUUAUACUAUUUUUUUGUCUGUAUUAUUUCCAAUUUUAACUUUUUCGCUCUCGACUAAAAAAAAGUCUGUAAUGGG